GUUCAGUUAAAAUCCUGGUCAUUGCAGGAUGACUGAGUGUGUGUAACAGGACCUUAUAGUGAGGCUAUGCUGAGGAUACACAGAGAGCUGGGGUGCAGGGCUCUCUCAUACUGCAGGCUCCCCAUCACCUCUAUAACUGAGAACAAAGGAAGGGAUAGAGCAGCAAGCUGUGCCUGUCAGCAUUCCUCCAUGCUGCCCUAUGCCUUUUAUCACCAGCAAUGAGGCUGGUUAGCUCUCUGCCAUAAAGGGGGAUCAGACCUGUCACACACAGGAUUUCAAAAAACACUUCAAUAUCUCUGGAUUUCUUGGAUUUAUUUGACCUUUGGGCCAUUGACCUCUGAUCCUGCACCCAAACAUAAGGAUUCCCAGUUGGACCAUUUUUUGGCUGCUGCAUUCUAUACAAACAUCAUUUUUUACCCCCAGGGUAUUGGAGACACUGAUUCCAGGUUCCCAUUUCAUUUGGUCCAUCAUUGAAAACUGGAAGCCCAGCUCUGUGUGAGGGGUGUGGAAGGGGCAGAAACAUGGAUGAAUAUUUUAAAGAGGUAAGAGGCUAAAAUACCUGGGAUUUCCUCUCAAUAAAUUAAUGUAUUCAUUCAUUAACUGAUCUCCUGUUAUGACUCUUUGUGUCCUGAAGUCUACCACUAUUAUUGGCCAGUUUUGUGUAUUGGUGUAAUUAAUUAUGUACCAAGAUGUUAAUCUAACGAAUUGCUCUCUUUGUAUAUACAAUAUUUUAUAAUUGUAAUUCUAAUAUGACAGGUACAACUAGACUCCUAUCACUGAUACAUAUUGAUAGGCAGCACUUGAAAAGGGCUUCUGUGGUAUGUAGGAUUCACAUGCUGCAGAAAGCGAGCAAAUUCAUUAACCAGACUUAAUUCGAAAGGAACUUUCACUCCUGAAUCAAUUUCCUUCCUGGAGAAUAAGCAUGCCAUAUAUCACAGGAAGGUAUUAUUCAAACACUGCCCAUCAGCAUCAAGUGAUGAGUCCAGAAAAAAACAUGGUGGAUUUGGUAACCUUAGGUGGAGCUUUGUACCCCACCCAUGAACACCCUGCAUACUGCAGAGGUCACCCGAAGAUCACUGCAGAGGAUAAAAGUUGAGUUUUCAGCUUUGCAUGCUGUUGGGUAAGAUAUUUCCCUAAAGAUGUAGUUCCAGUCCAGUCAAUGCCUCCAUCCUCACUCUGACUUGAUGAGGGUAGAUCAAGUUCUUCUCAAACAGCUGAAUAGUUCACCAGACCCAAUGCUGACCCACAUAAUGGGACCAAAUUAAGCUUCUCCCAUAUGUCCCCUUCUAGUGCCAUUGUUAGAGCAAUUGGCCAAGUCGUACUCUGGAGGUCAUUAAGACAAUGUUUUUGAGCAUGUUUCUUCCCCCUUUUUUUAUUUUUUUAUUUUUUAAUUUGGAGAAGCCACAUGGUCUCGUCUUUAAGCUGUCACUGGACCAUUCUCAAAGUAAUGUUGCAAUAUGCAUUUGUUAAACAAUGGAAAACAUUAAGACAUGGACCAAUGUUUGGCUCAUAGAAUCCUUGCUGAGUCAAUGAGCUCUACUCCACCCAAGGAUAAAGAGUAGCCAUGUGAUCUGAUUGGGAUAGUGUAGUCAGUUCGAUGUAUCUGCCCUGCAGCAAGUUGGAACAGCCGCAGGAUUGGUGGUGUUGUCCUGACCAGCACUAGGUGAUGGAACUGUAGAGUUUAAAUCACUGUGACCGCGAUGACAAGCGUGACACGCUGGGACAAGAACACAUUGCUAACCGCAUCACAAUAGUUAAAGCGACCUUGUAUCCACAGUCUCUUAUUUUAUAAUUGGCUGAUAAUUUGGUUUAUGACAGUUUAUUUAUUUAUAUUUUAUUGCCUCUGAGAAGAUUCUGCAACUGAAAUAUCUAACCACAUUAACUGAAAACUAAUUAAACAUGCAAAGAUCUUUACUUCCAUGGUCUGUUCUUAUAGGAAUAAGUUUUCAUUUAAUGAACGUUGUCAUACUAUUUUCUGUUAAACCCCCUAUAUAAGGCAUACAGUAGACUAUCAUGGCUGUAACAAUGCAUCACCUAGAAUUGUCCUCCAGCAGUGGCCUUGUCUAGAUGGAGACUUGCAUGUGACAAGAUCUUUACAAUACUUUGUCGUAGGAUAAAUAUCUAAAAGUACAACAACAAAAAUCCGCAACCAUGCAAAUGUUAUGUUUUUGAUUUCUAAGGCUGCUUAAAAAUCCCGAAGUUGUAUGAAUAAUAUGGAGAUUUGGUCACAUUAUAUUGUCAUACUGUGCAAGUCCACAAACUGGGUUCUAGAUCUGUCUUAAAUGGGCUUCUUGUCACAACUGGGCUACAGGCAUCCCAUUACUGGCAGCAAAUGCAAUGAGAAGGUGAUUGAAUUGCGAGGGACCUGUUUUGAUGGUGCAGUGAUAACACCACAAUUGAUCUGAUAUUCAUCUUUUUUUUUAUUUUUUAUUUUUUUUCUCUAUCCAGCAUCUUCUAACCUGAUCUUUAUUAGUGGGUACCAAUGAAACUCAUUGAAUCUCCAGCCAUGUGAAGCUCCAGUCUUUUUUUUUUUUUUUCUUGCACCCCAUUGACUAUAAAGAAUAAUGCUUUGUUCAUCCUGUUUGUCGCUUCCCCUCCACCCUCCACUUUUUUUUUUCUUCUUUUCCUUGCAUCCGAUUUUUAUUCCUUUUAGACUAGGAAACAAUAGAAUUGUGCUCUCCUGGACGUGAUCUUUUUGUUUCCCUAUGUUGCAGACGUGUCUAACUGUGCGGGAAAUUGAUUAAACCGUAUUCUUCAUGGAAUCUCUUUAUAUUUCAUCGUCUGUUAUGUAUCAGCAAUCGCUGUGGUCAAUUUAUAUCACAUCAGAGGCAUGAGACGCUUAUUUAAUCUCAUUGUAUGUUUGUUAAAAGACAUUGUGAAUGGCGAAUAAAGGACUUGGCUGGAUAUCAGUGCAAAUAGUGUAAAUGUUUCAAUUAUAUUUUUUAUUAUUGGUAGGCUAUAUCUAUGCCACGUUUUUCAGGUAUGCUGUAAUCUAGGUCACAGGCUCUGGGAAUAUCGCAACCUAAAGUAUUUUUCAAGAAACUGAAAGAUGGACGUUUACAGUUCAUAAUUUACAUAGAGCGAUUUUGGUUCCCCAGGCUGGGCUCCUUUUUGGGUCCGAGCAUGACAAUCCCUGUACACAUUAUCUGGCCUCCAAACAGGAUCCUGUCCAGCACAGCGCAAGUGCAUCUUUACUGGACCAUUCAGGUUCAGAGGUGCUCUCUGUAUGGUCCGGUAUGUUUGGGAUGGCCAGACAGACUGCUUGAUGCCAGGCUCACACACAAGUGACGUUAUCCUGACUCCCAACCAUCCCAAUUUUGGAAGUUCCGUCCCGACUUUUGAGUCCUGUCCCACAUUUGUUGCCCAGUGUCCUGCUUUUGGUGAUACCAGGAAACUGUCCUCAACAUUGAUAUUAGAUGUGCUCACGCUAUGUUUGGGGCACUAGGACCUUGCAGGGAGCACCGAAACAGUGCUUCAUGCAGUGUCAGACCCUAUAUGGUUGGCUGGCAGCAUGGUGUGUGUUCAUACCAGGCUGACCUGCUAGUAAUGUGGAUGGACAUACCCGGUUUACUCCCCAUUAGUGAUUCUGGGAUGGGCAAUGUUGUGAGGUCUGCAUCAUUGGCGAUGCCCCCUCAAGGCCUGCACACUUGCUCCAAUUGCAUACCUCCCAAUAUUGGGACGUAUUCAUUAUGGCCUUUACCACCUAUGGACAACGCUGGGUCUAAACACCCUUGGUGAAGGUUAAAGGAGCACUAAACGUUAGGAGUACAGGUUUUUAAUCCUAAGGCUUUAAUGUCCACCUCCCUCCCCUUGCCUUCUUCCAGGGCUGAGGCUCCUAUGGUGAUGGUCCUUUCCAAUGCUCCUCAUUGAGGAACAUAAAGACCUGAUGAUAGCAUUCAUUGCUUUCCUAUGGAGACGACUGCAUCAGGUGUCCUGUUUUACUCAGUCAGUGCAGCGGAAGCAUCUCUACUGGAUAUCAGUGUUGCCGCAAAUAUAUACUAAAACAAGUCUGCAAUGUUUUAGGGCAGGGGUGUCCAGGCCGCAUGCGACCCUGAACGGCUUGUAAAGGGGCCCGGUUGCUGUCCGGAGUGGCGAGAGAGUCAGCGAGCCCAUUAUUAUUAUUAUUAUUAUUAUUAUUAUUAUUAUUAAUAUAGUGCCAGCAAAUUCCAUAGCUAAUAGACACAUAAUUGUAACUAGACAAAUGGACACACAGGAAAAGAGGGCCCUGCUCAAUGAGCUUACAUGCUAAUUACUGCACGGUUUCCUCGUGUGCCCUGCAGUGAGCUUGGCAGCUGGGAUAUGAUGUCAUCCCAGGAUCACUACUGGGAGUGUAAGGGACCUCUGCAGGAAGAGCACAGUGAUCCGAUUCCAGCAGCAAAAACUGGGAGAGGAUCCAGCCCUCCCAGAGCAAAGUAGGGAGGCUAGGUGGACCUUUUAACUAGUAAAUGUGUAUGAAAGUUACUAGCAUACACACAAGUCACAAUGUGAUUGUGGGUCGGCUAUUUGUGUGUGUGUGUGUAUAUAUCUUUUUGGUCUGUGAUUGUGUUUGUUUUGAUUAUAUGUGUAUGUGGUUUGUUUGUGUGUGUGUGUGUGUGUGUGUGUGUAUCUGUGUUUAUUUGUGUAUGUGUUUUAACAGAUAGCUCUGGUAUUUGGUAUCCUUAAAGGACCACUAUAGUGCCCUGAGGGUGCCCCCACCCUCAGGGUCCCACUCCCGUGGCGCUGAUGGGGGAGGAAGGGGUUAAACUUGCCUCUUUCUCCAGCACCGGGUGGGGAGCUCUCCUCCUCCUCUCAGCCUCCUCUCCUCCUCUUCGGCUGAAUGCGCAUGCGCGGCAGGAGCUGCGCGCGCAUUCAGCCAGUCCAUAGGAAAGCAUUCUUAAUGUUUUCCUAUGGACGCUGGCAUCUUCUCACUGUGAAAAUCACAGUGAGAAACGCGGAAGCGCCUCUAGCGGCUGUCAAUGAGACAGCCACUAGAGGCUGUAUUAACCCUAUUAUAAACAUAGCAGUUUCUCUGAAACUGCUAUGUGUGUGUGUAUAUAUGUGUGUGUAUGUGUAUAUAUGUAUGUGUGUGUAUAUGUGUGUGUGUGUGUGUGUGUGUAUAUAUAUAUAUAUAUAUAUAUAUAUAUAUAUAUAUAUAUAUAUAUAUAUAUAUAUAUUAUAGUUAACCCUAGCUGGACCAGGCACUCAGACCACUUCAUUAAGCUGAAGUGGUCUGGGUGCCUAUAGUGGUCCUUUAAAUAUGGCAAUCCCACAUAAGGAUAACAAAUAAGGAGUUAUCUACUAAACAAAUGAAAUAUCCUAAUUAAGAAAAGGGCUUCUGAAGUAUCAUUAUAUAUAUUUUUAUGUGUUGUCAAGACCAUUCUUCUUUGCUCAAUGUGGCCGAGGAAGCCAAAAAGUUGGACACCAAUGAUAUAGAGACACUCCAUUGAUUUACAUGCUGAGCGAUCUGAUUUUUAGCAUGUUAGCCCUGCAUUUCUCCAUCUUUUUCUUGUUGCUACAUGUGGUGUUUGAAGUAUUUCUUAUUAGUGUCUUGACUUGUCCCAAGCACCACUUGCUAGCAGUGAAUCGGUCUUGGUCUUUUCAUUUAAAAAAAAAAAAAAAACUUGUAUUCACAUAAAUGUGAGUUGAUGAAUCAAGACUAUGUUUAGCACUGUGAUAAACAGCCUCUGGGAAUUAUGGUGGAGGGGGGGAAUGAUGUGAAAUCACAAGACAAAAAAAAGAAAAUCAACAAGAGAUGGUUCUAGGACACAUUCUUUAAAAUCUAGUUUUACAGUAAAUGUGCAUGGUUGCUGUCACCCAGUGUCACCCUGUGAUACUUUUGUAGCUCCUUAGUGAGGGAAUUGACAAACCAAUUCCACAUUUUUAUUCCAAGAUAGCCAAGUUGAAGAAUUAUUCAAUUUUCUUGUGUACUCCACAGCUAAACCGCCAUGUUCAGAGUACGGAUAGACCGAUUUUAUUAGUUCUGUUGAUUUUUAUUAGAGCUGAUAUUCGGCAUAUUUCUGAUAAUCUGUGUAUCUUUCUUGUAAUUUAUUGAUCACAAACUCACCUCUUCCAGUAACCUCCUGCCAUAUUCCUGUGUCCCAUGUGGAGCUACGCUGAAUGCAGGGAGGUGAGACUGUAAUGUACUGGGCUGUCUGUCUGAGAGUAAUAGGAGUGUGAUUGCUGUCAGCAUGUUCCGGUAAUGCCAGAUUUGUGUAGAAAUUUUGUUGCUUUUCAAAACCUUAAAGGAUCGCUAUAGGGUCAGGAACACAAACAUGUAUUCCUGACCCUAUAGUGUUAAAUCCACCAUCUAGCCCCCCCGGGCCCCUCAUGCCUCCAUAAAUAUAGUAAAAAUCUUACUGUAUUCAAGCCAGAAGCUGUAACUCUGCAUUCUGUUUGCCUCAGAAAAACAAGAAGUCUGCUGACAUCAUCAGAAGUGGUAGCCUGAUCCAAUCAUAAUGCUUCCCCAUAGGAUUGGCUGAGACUGACAAGGAGGCAGAUCAGGGGCAGAGCCAGCAUGAUUCAAACACAGCCCUGGCCAAUCAGCAUCUACUCAUAGAGAUGAAUAGAAUCAGUGAAUCUCUAUGAGGAAAGUUCAAUGUCUGCAUGCAGAGGGAGGAGACACUGAAUGUUUGGAUGCAUUUUAGGCAGCCAUGACCCAGGAAGGAUCUCUUACAGCUAUCUGAGGAGUGGCCAGUGAAGGUAUCACUAGGCUGUAAUGUAAACACUGCAUUUUCUCUGAAAAGACAGUGUUUACAGCAAAAAGCCUGAAGGUUAUGAUUCUACUCACAAGAACAAAUUCAAUAAGCUGUAGUUGUUCUGGUUACUAUAGUGUCCCUUUAAAUGCACAUAAUAUUAUCGGCAGUCUGUUUGAAAGGCCACCGAUAAUCUGCAUCGGUUCUGGCAAAAUUAUAUUGGUUGAUCCCUAGUUCAGAGAAUCUCCCCAAAUUAACCAACUGUAUAUGUACACUGAACAAAAUUAUAAACUCAACACUUUUUUUUUUUUUUUUUGUGCCCCCAUUUUUCAUGAGCUGAACUCCAAGAUCUAAGACUUUUUCUAUGUACACAAAAGGCCUAUUUCUCUCAAACAUUGUUCACAAAUCUGUCUAAAUCUGUGUUAGUGAGCACUUCUCCUUUGCCAAGAUAAUCCAUCCACCUCACAGGUGUGGCAUACCAAGAUGCUGAUUAGACAGCAUGAUUAUUGCACAGGUGUGCCUUAGGCUGGCCACAAUAAAAGGCCACUCUAAAAUGUGCAGAUAACUGCACAUUUUAGAGUGGCCUUUUAUUGUGGCCAGCCUAAGGCACACCUGUGCAAUAAUCAUGCUGUCUAAUCAGCAUCUUGAUAUGCCACACCUGUGAGGUGGAUGGAUUAUCUUGGCAAAGGAGAAGUGCUCACUAACACAGAUUUAGACAGAUUUGUGAACAAUGUUUGAGAGAAAUAGGCCUUUUGUGUACAUAGAAAAAGUCUUAGAUCUUUGAGUUCAGCUCAUGGGGGGGGGGUGAAAGGGGUAAAAAAACAAGUGUUGCAUUUAUAAUUUUGUUCACUGUGUGUUGUUAGUGACGCGCAGUUAAAUAAAACAAGUCACUGCCCCCCCACCUUAUCCUUUUCCUUUUCAAUCACUGGAACUCUGAAAUUGCCUGUUUAAAUUAUCACUUAAACCACCUUUUGUGAACCACCGGAUUGUCCACAGGAUAAAGUAAUAAUACUUUUGUCUUAUGGAAUCUUCCAAUUCCAUGGAAUUUCAUAGACAUUCUAAAAUACUUGGCAUUAGAAUUUCCUAAAUAUUCUAUUUUUGUGAAAUAGUUGGAAGUGACAAAGCUGCUUUAAGGUAGUGCAAUUAUUUUUUUUAUUUUUUUUGUUCUUCAGUUAAAAUGUCAACCAGAAUUACAGAGCACUGCAAACAAGGACACACAUUGUAGCUGCAUAGGGCAGACCAUUCAUAUUUUUUUUUUACUUAAUUUACUGACAAUUCUAUCAAACUCCAUUCUGUUCAUAUAUUCGGCCACAUUCCAGAGAUGAUCAGCUGCUGUCUGUGGUUUUAUGAGCAGUGACUCGACCAUAACUACUCCAGCUCCAUGCAAUUUAACAUUGAGUCCCACAAUACAACAUCCUAUGGCAUCCAGGCAGCCAAAACGCUGGAGGUGCUUCUCAAAUUGUAUUGAAGAACAAAAGAGAGACGUCCUCCCAUCUAAAUGCACAUCAGAUGUCUUUAUAAAAUGCCAAGGGAAAAGGAAAUGAGAAAACCUCCUAUGGCUAUUUAAAGAGUUAACUUUACUUGGAAUGUUUUGAUGUUAGAAUUGAUACUUUUGGAGUGUGUUUGGAAAACAGAUCACUUGAUGUUGAGAAUAAUCCUGCUACUUUGUAGUGUUUUCUCAGCUGUUAGUGUAGCCAAACCCUGGAGUACACAGGUAGACAGUCAGAUCUUUGGCAUCCUUGGUAUUUAUUGUGUGUGAUGCUGCAUUGUAACUGGGAUUCCGGCUCCAAAUAUGGAAACAGCACUUAACAAGUUCCAGGAAUAUAGGGCCAGACUGGACCCCCAGCUGCUGCCGUAGCUCUCAUGCAUAUUGUAUGCAGGUUUUGGCUGAUGAUUCAGCCCCUCUACUGCUGACAAAGCAAAACAAUAUAACUUUAUUAAAUCUUCUACGGUUGCAAUUAAUCCACAGAGAGCACUGUCUCCUACUUUAUUCAACAAAUCACCAAUCGGGUUUUUUUUUUUUUUUUAAACGAAAAUGUAAAUUGUUAAAAGGGAAUUUAAAACUGUAGACCAAAAAAGCUGAACUAGGGGUAAAAAACUUUAUUUAAAUUUCAGCUAUUUUAAACUCAAAUUUGAGAAUUUAUACUUAAUGAAUACCCUGAAAAAGGGGGAUCUUGGUCUAUCAUCAUUAACGUCUUGGCACAUUUUAUUUCUUUCUUGUGAAAUCUACUCUCUUGGGGUUUUUCACUUGCCUAGAAAGUGGUCUGGGGGCAUUUUUUUUUUUUUUUUAAAUGGCCGGUGAGGAAGGAAGUAUCAUGUUCCAAAGUGAUGAUAUUAAAUGACGGAGGGGAGCAGAAAGGUAUGGCUAGGGUGACUAAUCCACAUCGCCGGAGCAAGGGACGGGACAUCCACAUGCUGUGAUUGGCCUGUGGAGUUGAGGAUGUAAUUGGCUUAAAUUGUUUCAUUGUAGCAUCUUCUAAUGUAACACAGAAAUGUAUUAUUAUUUAUUUAGCACCAUCAUAUUCCACAGCGCUUUACAAUCUUAGAAUGGAGAUCACUGAUAAAAAGUAGCUGACAUACAAAAUAUAUACAGAGCCGGGAAGUGAAGAAGGCCCUGCUCAGAGGAGCUUGCAAUCUGACGUAUAUUAUAGUAUAGAUGGGAGUAUUCAGUAAAGUAUAAAUUGUUCAGAAUUCAAAGUGUUUUUUUAUUUAUUUUUUUAAAUUGUCGGCCAAUCUUGUCCAAUUGGAAAGGUUUCCAUCCUGGUUGCUUUGCCUUAAAAUGUUCCUAUGCUUGUCUAUUUUCUAGUAUUAGUGAAGCUUCUUACUUGGCGUACGAAGGGGACGGCGACCAAUUGGAAAGCGAUGUAUUCGCAGUUCAAUAUGUUGCUGUGUGUGUGUGUGUGUGUGUGUGUGUGUGUUUUUUAUUUUUUUUUAUUUUAUUUUUUUAUUUAAGCAAUGAAAAGGUUAAGUUACAAUAGCCUGAAUAAGAGAGGCUGUGACAUUGUAUCUCCAUAAGCUUUUUCUAUUUCAUCUCUGUCAUUGCAUCUGCCUGCUCCCUCUCCAUACAACUGAUUUAACCACUUUUAUCAAUGAGGAUGUUCCAUCCAUACAGCUCCACAUGCUUCCUUCAUCCCUGGAGGAGAAAUGGUUAAUGAGAUUACAUUGCAUUCCCCCAGGAGAGUACAUACCCUUUUUCAGCACUAAAUCUCCCAGGAUAUGUCCCCCCCACCCCUUUUAUUUUCUCCAAUCUCUGGUCCCCCUCCCCCCAGGCUCUCUCUUCCAUUAGCUGAAUCCUGUGAUCAGCCUCAUAUUUUAUUCAUUGGGUGUUUUGGCUAUAGAGACAGCAUCUGUUAUGAGUCCUGAGUAGUGGUUCUGGCUCUGCCCUGAUGUUCUGCCUUUGAUUAAUUGUAGAGAUUUUCCACAGGUGACCAUUCCACACUUUCUACCUACCCAGCAUGCUUUGCUUCUGCAGUAUUGGGGUUCUAUACUAAACGGGGAAAUUUAGAAUACCAGCUAGAGAAUUGCAAAUGUUAGCCAAAUUGAAAUGUCUAGACGGAGAUUGUUUGGUUUUUUUUUUUUGCCUGCGAUUUGCAAUGUCCUUGUCUCUACAAUUUGCAGUUCGGUGAUUACACUACCAUAUUGUUUAGAAAUACCAAAAAUAACAAUACUCAAUAUUACUCAUAUGACAUAAUAAAUUCAAGUUUCUUAGAGGCAUUUUUUCAUAAUCUGCUUAUACAUAGAAACAAAGAAUGUGACGGCAGAUAAGAACCAUUCGGCCCAUCUAGUCUGCCCAAUUUUCUAAAAACUUUCAUUGGUCCCUAGCCUUAUCUUAUAGUUAGGAUAGCCUUAUGCCUAUCCCAUGCAUGCUUAAACUCCUUUACUGUGUUAACCUCUACCACUUCAGCUGGAAGGCUAUUCCAUGCAUCCACUACCCUCUCAGUAAAGUAAUACUUCCUGAUAUUAUUUUUAAACCUUUGUCCCUCUAAUUUAAGACUAUGUCCUCUUGUUGUGGUAGUUUUUCUUCUUUUAAAUAUAGUCUCCUCCUUUACUGUGUUGAUUCCCUUUAUAUAUUUAAAUGUUUCUAUCAUAUCCCCCCUGUCUCGUCUUUCCUCCAAGCUAUACAUGUUAAGAUCCUUUAACCUUUCCUGGUAAGUUUUAUCCCGCAAUCCAUGAACCAGUUUAGUAGCCCUUCUCUGAACCCUCUCUAAGGUAUCAAUAUCCUUCUGAAGAUACGGUCUCCAGUACUGUGUACAAUACUCCAAGUGAGGUCUCACCAGUGUUCUGUACAAUGGCAUGAGCACUUCCCUCUUUCUACUGCUAAUACCUCUCCCUAUACAACCAAGCAUUCUGCUAGCAUUUCCUGCUGCUCUAUUACAUUGUCUGCCUACCUUUAAGUCAUCAGAAAUAAUCACCCCUAAAUCCCUUUCCUCAUAUGUUGAGGUUAGGACUCUAUCAAAUAUUCUGUACUCUGCCCUUGGGUUUUUACGUCCAAGAUGCAUUAUCUUGCACUUAUCCACAUUAAAUGUCAGUUGCCACAAUUCUGACCAUUUUUCUAGUUUACCUAAAUCAUUUGUCAUUUGGCUUAUCGCUCCUGGAACAUCAACCCUGUUACAUAUCUUAGUAUCAUCAGCAAAAAAGACAUACCUUACCAUCAAGACCUUCUGCAAUAUCACUAAUAAAAAUAUUUUUAAAUAUCAUUUAAAAAAUAAUAGUUCCCUCUGCUCCUAAUGAUUGUCUUUUUUUUACAGUUAAGUACUACAGUAUUUUAAAUAAAGACUUAAAUAAACCCACCACCUUCGGACUUCAUUGCAAGCUCUGUUCUAUCUUCCUCUGUGAGCUCAUUUGGGCAGGGGCCUCUUCACCUUCUGUACCAGUAUGUCAAUCAUGUUUUGUUAGAAUGUAAUGAUUGUCUUGUUUACCUGUUGUACAAUGCUGUGGAAUAUGUUGGCGCUAUAUAAAUAAUUGUAUAUCUUCCUCUUGAACUUUUUAUCCUACAUGUUUUAUGUAUGCCACAUACUAUUUUUGAUACCUUCAACCCAUAGCACAUGGUCUCCACCAGUAAACAUUGCCAUCAUUGUACAGCACUACGGAAUCUGAUGGCGCUAUAUAAAUAAUAUAAUAAUAAUAAAAGCUGAAAAAGAAAGUGUUAUUUUUGUACAGCAAGGGCUGCCCAGCAUGUAUCAAAAUGUCAUGUCUAUACCGUCUAAAAGUGUUUUUUCAGUCCCCAUGAGAUUGAUGCUCUGUGUUAAUCAGAUUUAUCACUAGAUCUCCACCCAACAGCUGUGACUUUGAACCCACCAAGACCCACACCCUGCUAUUUUUGCACUAAAACCUUUUCUUCUCAAUAUCGACCAGAAUUGCCCACUUCCUCAUUAUGUACACCGUGUUCUAUACCAGCUACCACCUGCAAAAUCAUCUGCUGGCAGUUUGUUUCCCUCCUCCCUAUGUCUGCGUGAUGCCUGUUAGAAGGCCCCUGCUUUUUUGUAGCCUUGGCAAGAUUUUAUAUAAUGCCAACCUAUUCUGCAGCGCUGUACAAUAGCUAAACAUUCAAUCCUUAGUUUGACAUGUAACUACAGUAGGCGAGCAGGGCCCUGCCCAAAGGAGCUCACAAUCUAAUAGAUUUAUUAUGUGGAGUUCUUUCCUAGAACACAGUUUUUCAACACACUCUAUUGUCUGUAUUUAUGUCUCUGUUUUGCACACAGUUGCACGUUCUGUUCGCUUCUUUCCUUGCUGCAUCCUCUGGGUUCUAGUGAACACCCUGAACACCCAUCCUGUAUUGCUGAAGUUGGGCUCAUUGUUUUACUGCUAGGAUAAUCAGGCGCUCAGCGGGUGGCUGGAGCUGGGAAUUAACCCCUUUCUUUCCUUGGAGCUCUGAUGGAAUGCGGACACUGGCACAGCAAGCUGAGUCACUGGAAGGAAGUGGGGGAUGGUGGGAUUGCUUAGUAAGACAUGAGUGGGGUCAGGACACAGACAAUGUGUGAUCCCACUGCAAAGGAAGCAUUUUAUAUCUGGAUGAGGCUGUGAUGAUAACCUGAAAAUUCCUGUAUUGCACUGAGCAGGGAUUAUAAAACCCUUUGUAUCCAGCCUUGUAAUGUAGCCUCACAUAGCUUUACAUUUAAGUGUGUUGUUACAUAAAUAAAAGUAUAGCAAGAUUCCAUACAAUGCAUGGCUCUGGAGAAUCGUAUAAGAUUAGUACUUCGAUUCUAUACCCAAUAAAAGGAUCCCUAUACUAAUUCAGUGACCUCCGUAAUGAAUAAAACCAGAACAUCGCAUAUAUCCCUGCAGGAUCCCACACUUCUAUGUGUAAUGGGAACUCUUCACUUUGGGAAUAGUCUGAGGAAUAUGGUUUUCAGAAAUUACUUUGUUACCUAUUCUGUUAUAUUGAAGGAACAGAUUACUAAUCUAAUUUUACAAUUUAAAAAUUGGUUACCAGGCUAAUGCCAUUUAUAUAAUUUGGAUCUAUGUGGGAGUUUAAGAACCUCCGUUUAAUGCUGAAAACUUGUAUUUUGAUAUUCUCUGCGGUCUAGCGGAGCAUAUCUAUAAAUCAUUUCAGUCGCUUUGUGUAGUUGAUUCCUGUGAGAAAUUACGGACAAUCAGUGCGUUUGAAAUUGUAUGCAUGCGUCUGUUCACUAAUUGUCUUAUAGGAAGCUGUGAUUGGGUGAGAUCAGAUUAAAAUUUAUCAGGGUAAAAUUUCUGCAAAAUAGAGCAUUUUAACCAUUGGACUCCGAGCAAGCUGCUAAUGUGCUAUUACGCCAAUGGUGGUUUAUGCACAAACCUAUUUUUUUAGAAGUACCGGCCAUAGCCCCCAUGCAACUACACUAAUUAGAAUUUAAUACUCUCUGUUGAGCAACGUCAUGAAAGUCUGACUAAUUUAAAAUUUUUAAUGUGCUGCUGCUGCAAACCAUUUUAAAUUUUUUACAUUAAUUUUUUAUCAAUUUUCCUAUUUUGCACAAAACGGAUGUUUGGGCAGUUUUUACCCAGCAAUAGAGAAUUUGUAGCCCACCCCUUGCUUAUUGUUCCUGGGUGGUGGUAGUAAUCCAAUGAAGCCGACAUAUAUAGUUUAUUUGGUGCAGACCCAUUGUAGUCUUCCUCGAAUUAAUUAUGUCGAUGUUAAAUCACACCUCUGGUCUACAUAGAGCUGCGUAUGUCCUGCCUCACCGCACUGUAUAGAGUGUAUAACAAACCACCUCUUUUACAGGUAGGAUUGUCACCGAUCUUGCAGUAACCACAGCCUUCUAGGGUAUACAAAGUCCAGGACACCUUCAGCUCAGUUUUCCUUUUUAUUCAGUAAGAAAGCAGGUACUUUAAAUAAUAACAAAAACAAACAAAAUCCCUUGCUCUUACUUGAGCUCUUACUAGACAGUAAUUGCUAUCUGCAAUUGGGUGGCUUUCCCACUUACCAAUUUUCCAAACAAAAGCAAUGUCUUUGCAAUAAACACAAUCUCUCCUAGCUGUCUUUUUCUCCCUCACUCUGCAGCAGGCUGCCCUCUUCUUUUAAAGGCCUGUCUACUAAUUGACUGGCUACAGGUGAGUGCCAAUUAACUAAUUCGUAAUUGAGAUCCAAAUAGUGGUCUGUUCCACAGCAACUAAUGCUGUUGGAGCAUUGGCCCACCCUGCUCUCCAAAUACUCUGCCCCAGGGACCCAUACCAUGUUUUGCAGAACCUUAGCAAUGUAGAUUGCAAACUCUAACAUCUCUCCCUGGGGCAUUUAACUGAAAAUUCUCAGGUUGCUGUUUAACAAAUCAGGCCUGAUAUAUCUUCCAUCAAGCACAAUUCCACUUUUACGCUCACAAGUGCCACCCAAGGAGCAGAACUUUUGUACUCCUGGGAAUAUACCGCAAACUAGAUGGUACAUUUCCAGACUGGGACAAGUGCCCUCUCAUGCUUUGCCCUGCAGUUACCAAAGUCUAACUUUCUAUUUUUUUUUUUCUUCUUCUAUAACGAAAGACCUAACUCUAUUGAUUCUCAGAUUUGCCAUAGUAGUGUAUACCAUCUUAUGGAGAUUGUAACACAACAAAGUACAUACACUUCCUUACAGAAUACUCUUUUAUUGGAUAUAGCGUGACUGAAACCUUAUGCAGCAAAAAGUAAAAACUCUUACUUUCCAUUUUAAGAACUGGGGUUAAAAAAAAAAAAAUGCAGAAGUGUGUAAUGUUUGUGUUGCUAAACUAAUUCAAGAACUGGAACUGAAUAUAGUUCUAAUUGGUCACAAAAUAUUUACGAUGACUUAUCUAAAUAGUACUUUUCAAGGGAACUGCUUUUAACUAGGGAUUUCAUGUCACACAGUGGUAGGCAUGUGCGGUGGGACGUUUUUCUACGAUGCCCCACCACCAAUAACUUGAUAACAUUUGUACUCCGUAACGGAACUUUUAAAAAGCACCUUUUUUUUUUUUUUUCUUGUCUUUUUUUCUUAAUAUAUAUUUGUGAUAUUUGUUGGAAGGUAUUUGGUAUUUUCGGUUUACGCAAACCUGCUAAUUCUGUUUUUGCUCCCAGUCCUACAUUCCAUCCUCUCUCUAAAGCUGCACAAUAUCAUCAAAUAAGUGGAGUUUAAAUCUUUCUCAGACAUUGUGAGGAGAAAUGCAUUUCCUGUAGAAUUGUAAUCCGAGGAAUUUUGUUCCUGAAGCAGAAUUUAUAUUCCAAGGAUGAGAGUAGCCUUCUGUGAUGAAUGACAUUAUUUUAGAAACCAGUCUGGUGGUGAUUCCUUUCAGUGCAAAUGAAAUGAUUCAUUGUGUGCGUCAUAUGUCCAAUGGUAGGAAGGCUGAAGCAUUGCAAUCUAUGGAGAAGGCAUCCUGGGUGGAGGGGAAAGACAUGGAACAUAAACUAUGUUACAUCAAAGGGAUUAACUGAAAACCAGAAUUCUUUCUUGUGUUUUUUUUUUCUCACCACAAGCAGGUCAUUUUCUGACGUGCUCUUCUAUGAAGAGGAAAACCUGAGAAAUGCCUGAGCCAUCUGUAAAAAAAAAAAUAAAAAAAAAAAUAAAUAAAAAAUUUAUAGAUCUGACAGACAGAAGACCUACACAUAAAAAGGAAUCUAUCUUUGUCUUCAUAUAAUCCUGUUAUAUACACAGCCCUAAGAAUGCAGGCCAUUUGUAGGCUCUUUAUAGAACCAAAGCUUAGUAUGUGAACAUAUCUGUACACAAUAAAACUGUGAUAUCUUGUACAUAAAGGAUUACUAACCACUUGGGCCAGAAUCAUUACUUCUCUGACCAAAGACCGUGCAAGAUUUAUGAACGAGCUCAAGUCUAUAUGCAAGGGCUGGAUAUCACAAAAAUGCUCUCUGAGCACUUUAUUUCUUUUUCCAUUUUUUUAAUCGGUCAUGUGGUGCCUCUUACCAAAGAGGACUUAAAAAUGGUUGCCCCCAUUCGACAAUAGUAGUAGCCAUGUGAUGCUCUGAAUAUUUAUUCGCAUGUAUGUAUACAUCGAUAAAUAACACACAAAGUGGCUUUCUAACCGAUAAUAAAGGUUAUUUUCGAUAAUUAUAAAAACAAUUAUUUUCCUUAAGAUUUUCACAUUCCGCUUGCUGUAAAUUAUAAUUCAGUCCACAAAUCCUAGCAAUUUGAGUAUUCUGAGAAUGUGAAUGCUAUUAAAUGUGGGAUGACGGGAGGUACACUGGAGGGCGCCAAUUUUUUAUUUUUUUUUCCUUUAUUGCUUUGCCAAUGUAUAAUGUGCAUUUGAGCAAUACAUUUGCUAGCUGUUUGCCUAGCAGAAUGUUGAAAUGUACUGUAUUCUCCUUAAAUGGAUAGUUUUAUUUCCUCAUUGAAUUUGUUAGUGCUUGCAGUGCCCUGGCACAGUCUAUUCAGUGUUAACCAUUUUUGAGCAGUUUAACACUGAAUUAAGGUCCAUGGCCACCCACAGGCCAACCCCUACAGGAGGUGUGGCUUAAGCAGAGAUCACACACUUCCUUAUAGUUGUACCAAUUCAUACAUGCAAUGGGCGCAGUGAUAGACUGAAAACAGUCAGCUGACUACUAUUUUUCUGACUAGACUGAUGUUUAGGGAUCUGGAAAUUGCCAUUUAAAUGGACACUAUAAUCCCCUAAACAACUUAAGUUUAAUGAAGCCGUUUUUGUUUAUAGAUCAUGCGCCUGCAGUCUCACUGCUCAAUUCUAUGCCAUUUAGGAGUUAAAUUACUUUGUUUAUGCAGCUUGUUACACCUCCCUGCAUGUGACUUGCACAGCUUUCUUAAACACUUCCUGUAAAGAGAGAUCUACGGUUUACAUUUCCUUUAUUGCAAAUUCUAUUUAAUGUAGAGAUUCUUAUCUCUUGCUCUGUUAAUAGCCUUCUAGACCCUGCAGGAGCCUCCUAUUUGUGAUUUAAAGUUCAUGUCACGGAAACUCCCGUGCCACAGCCUGCUGGAGAGGCAUAAUAGCUAGCCUCCUACCCACAGACUAUAUAUGAUAUAUGAUGCUACAUAGGAUAUGGGGGGUAUAUUGUGUUAAUGUUGAGUUAUUUUGUAAAAAUGUUGAGCUGAAUGAAAGCUAUUGGGUUAAUUGUAUUGUAUAAAAGCUACUGUGCUAUGUGUCUUGGUGUCCAGCAGGAAAUUACGUUAUGUCUAAUUAUGUCUCAUUCUAAAUAUGAUAAAAAUGAGGCUGGAGUAGUAAUCUGUGAAUAGGUAUUGAUGUCUCUUUUGGAUAGACUUCCCCGCCCUCCCCUCUUCUUCUUUCUCUCCCUCUCCCCUCUUCUUCUUUCUCUCCCUCUCCCCUCUUCUUCUUUCUCUCCCUCUCCCCUCUUCUUCUUUCUCUCCCUCUCCCCUCUUCUUCUUUCUCUCCCUCUCCCCUCUUCUUCUUUCUCUCCCUCUCCCCUCUUCUUCUUACUCCCCCUCCCGUCUUAUUCUUAUUCCUCCCCACCCCCCCCCGUUCUCCUCACCUCCCCUUCCCUGUAGCGUGGCCAAGCUCCUCUCCGGUCCGCGGUACAUGAGUUUCUGUUUCCUGUACCGUGGACUGGAGAGAAGCUCGGCCACGCUACAGGGAAGGGGAGGUGAGGAAAGAGGCAGUGCUGCAGCCGCCUGAGGCUCUCUAUAGAUCGGUGCUAUUCGGGAAUAUAAUUUUUGUGGGGUUCCAAUACUGUUGUCAUGAAUCUUUGUGAUAUGUAAGUUUUCCUAUUUGAGAGAUCAUUGGAUUAGCUUAAUGGGAGCUCAAUUAUCUCUCAAACGCAAUGGCUUGUAGGAUGGAAACCCCUGUGAUUUUUGCAUUGAAAACCCCAUGCUAGGGGCACUGCAUAAAAAGCAGAGUGUGGCCUAGUAAAGAUUAGAUUGCUGCGUUUAGCCUAUUUUCACUAUAUUCAGCACAUCUGAAAUUAGGACUAGUGGAGGAUUGAAGGAAUAACCACAAUAGACUCUCAAACAUGUGACAGUUCAGAUUACAGAGCAGACGAUAAAAACUUUUAAAGUAAGUUAUAUCGGAUUAAAAAUGAAACCAUUUUGUUAUCAUGCAGGCUGUGUCAGUCACAGCCAGAAGAGGUGUGUCUAGGAUUGCGAAAGUCCUUAAACUCUUAAAUGGCAGAGAAAUGCGCAGUGCGAUUCGAGCCAUGAUCUAUACACCAAAAGUAAUUCAUUAAGCUAAAGUUGUUUUGGUGACUACAGUGUCCCUUGAAUGUAAUGUGUUACAAGAUGUGUUGAUAGAAGAGUAAAUUUAAGAAGCCAUUAUACAUCCCAUUGUGAAAUUUUGUGCUGCACCCCAAAUUGGGAGUACGUAGACCAUACUCGAGUGUAGUAAAUCAAUCCUUGUACAUUAUCCUUGAACGUGAUUUUUCUGCAUUUUUUUUCUUUUAUUUUAUUAACGUAAAAAAACACUAAAUAAAAAUAAUUCAAAGUUGCUCUUCAUUACGACUCCCCACCAGUAUAACGAAUUACUAAAUUGUCAAUUCAGAAUCUGUUCUGUAAAGCCGCAUGUGGCCGGCUCAGCAAGUUGCUGUUUAAUAAUUGAACACUUCUUCCAAACAUCACUGCAAACGAAUGUCAGAAACAUUCCCCACAUUAAAGGUCAGCCAUCACAUUGCAGCAGGGUGACUGCUCCUGCCAAGUUAGAGGGUUGGGUUAGCCGAAGGUAUUGGAGUUUGUUUCCCCUCUGGCAUGUAUUUGCAGCUAAGCAUUAUUAGGGUGGUAAUUCGACAAGCUAGAUAAGGGCUGGGCACCAUGGAAGUCCUAGCUAGCUGAAAUGACCAGUGCUGUGCAUGUCCAAGCUUUUACUAAGGUUUGUGAGAAAACCAUUAGCUAUAGUUCGGGGUUUCAACCCAUACCUUUCCUGCUGGCUGAGAGUGAUGGGAAUUGUUGUUGAGUUGCAGUGUAAGAGCCCUAAUGUACUGUAAACUGCACAGUUGAAAAAAUAAGGUGGAUAGAUGUUCUAAUUUUUUUUAUUUUUUUUUUAGAGUGCCAACAUAUUCAGUAGCGCUGUGCAAUAUAUGACUGUAGGCUCAUAUGAGCGUAUCGUCUUUUCUCAAAUCAUUAGUGAAAUCUAAUAAAUGGAAGUCACUGCUUCCCUGCAGAGCUUGCAAUUCAUUACUGUCCUGAGGCACACAGCGCCAGUAAACACUAACUGGUAAAAUCCAACUUCCUGUUAAUCUCCCUGACCCUUAGCUGUGUCUCCUGCCAUCAUCCCUUUAGGCCAAUCUAUAUACCUGCCUGCAGCUUGUCUAUUCCCUCCUGCUGUGGAUCUCUUCCCUCCUGCUGAAUUCUGGGCUUGUAUGCCUUGGGCACAUUCUGCAUGCGCAUACCAUGCCCCCACCUCUUCUUCUGUAGCCACAUUGUCCUUCAUCCUCAGCGCCUGGUACCCUAUUUAUAGGUACAGUACCUUCUCGUGCCAUCUGUCCCUGGUGUAGUGGGGGGAGGGUGACUCUGCACAUGGGUAAGGACAUCCUAUAAAAUGCUCCCCGGACUGUAUGUAGAACAUUUUUCACUUGCUACUGAACUGCAGCCCCAUCACUCUUAGCCCAUUCACUGGUAUUUGAAGAUAUAGUAAAAUGCUAGUCUGAGUAUGAAUUUGUGUUUUAGAAUGAUGCAGUUAUCUAUUAAAAAAGAGUGUUAGCUGAGGGUUAUGGGAGCUGCAGUUAUUAUUUGUAUUGUCAUUUUAUAUAGUGCCAACCUAUUCCGUAUCUCUUUACCUUAUUUUUGAUUAGACCAUAACAACAAAUGAGACAAACUAUUAAAACUUUUGACAGUUGAACAGCAUGCGAUCUGCUCGGUAUGGCUCGAGCUAACUGUUGUGGUUGUAAUCCAUUGGGUUGGCUAAGAUUUAUUAGAGUUUCUCAUUUUUUAAUUUAAAGUUUUUGAGGAGAAUCUGACCUUUGAAUGUGGUGAACACACGCUCGACGGGUAUGUGAAAAAUCAGAAGUUUCUUUUAUUUGUUUAUAAUUUUUAUAAGUUAAUGUUAAUAUAUCGGUAAUAUUGCUUGCCAGAAUUAUUCAUAAAUAUACAGGACCCUAAAUAAUAUAUUCAUAAAUGUAACAGUUUGCAUAAGGACACACUCCAAAAUAAGUUUUAAAAAAAACACGUAAUGUAUUUGAGACCCCAGAGAGUGAUUUACUGAUAAGCAGACUCCUCUUUACUUAAUAUGUGAAAGACUGUAGAGCGCGCAUGGUCUGUUAAUUGCUUCAUUCAUUGAAAUCCAUGAAUGAAACUACUUCUAAAGUUUAAUAUAGGCUGACUGGCAGUUUAUCAUAUAUAAUAACCAUUCUAUGCAUUGACUAAGAGUCUCUUUAUUGUAAUACAAAAAAAUACAAGGUUGGUAACCCACAUUAAUGCCCCAUUACUUUACAUGGUGGUCCAUAUAUAUAUUUGGACACGGACUCCAGUUUUGGCUCUGCACUGCUCUAGCACAUAGGCCUUUAACUGAAACUUGAUUAAAUAUGACAUGAGGACAAAGGACAGAGAGACUGCUUUAAUUUGAGGUUAUCUUUAUUCAUAAACCGUAAAUGUGGUAAAAAGUAAAGCCCCCUUUGGAUACAUAAUCCAUCCACUUUGUGGGAGUCUUGAAUUAAAACCACCACAAAUUUUGUCACUGUCCAGGUACUUAUGGACCGAAGUGCCAAUGUUCUAAUGAUGCCAUCAUACUUGAGACUUUUCAACCUUACACAUUGUAGAAUUUGUGUGUGUUUCACAUAGUUGUGUGGGGACAUGGAGACAGGAUGUAGGAAAGCUUAGUGAAACGAGAAGUAGACAGCUUGGCUCACUGUAAGUCCUGACAAUAAAUCUGUUAAUCACAAAAUUUAUUUGAUGACUCCAUUAUUACUUGUGCAAAUCUACACAUUUAGAGGAAAGUUGGUCCGUUUCUCAUUCUGCUGAUGGACUUGCUUUAUAUAAUAUCCAUCCACCUCACUGUGGCUGUUAAAUCGUGGGAUGUGCUAAUGGUUCUGUCCUGUUUUUUAGUCUGCACAUGUCUCUUUUCAGCCUAUAUAACUAGUAUUCUGAGUGCUGUUUCAGCGUAAUUAAGUGUUUUCUCUGAGGCUAGACCUCCUCCCUGCUGUGUCUGCUCCGGAGGUGUGCAGGAGUAGAGGGGACAAGUUCCCCAUUUUCCAAGGUGAAUGGUUAUGGAGUUGACAGACCUUCCAAUCACGCUUCCCUUUGACAGCCAUCCCUACCCGGUCACCACGUGCCUGUCUUCUGCCAUUUUCUCCUGAAGGUUGAAACGCUCAUUAUCUAUUUGGUUGUCAUAUCCCAGGGAGCAGCAAUCUAGGUCUGCCUGCAGCUCUCGCAAUUUUGUCUCCAUCUAAUGUUUUGGCCUGGUCCUCUAAUUGACAGGUCUAUGCUGGCAUUUUCCGAGGCCUGGAAGUUAGCCAGAUGUGUGUAUCUUGGGGGGAUGUUGGAGCGUUGUCUGUGCUUUAUAAAUGUCUUGUCAUGGGGUGGGAUCUCCCUUAUUAAUUUCAAUUUCUCUCUGGUUUUCUGUAACAGGGCUGCCGAGUAUGGCUGGUGAGAAAAGAUGGUCUACUGCCAGCGACGGUCACCUCCAGCGAUGUCAACGUUGUGUUUACCAGUGACUAUGGACAGGUGAGUCCGAAUCACCUCAUCUCAAGGAGAGAUUAGUUUGACGAAAACAGCAGAAAAUUUUAAAUUCACAUUGAAUUCCCGAUAAUUCAAACUUUAGAGAAUAAUCCCGAAAGCAAGACUGCUGACUGUGCAACAUUAUAAAACCCCAAACUUGCAUUUAAUGUUAUCCCAACAGAUCUGUCCUUUUAUUAAUAAAUACAGAAACAAGAACAUCAAAGAGUAAUUCUCAAUGGUCCGAGUCUGCCCAUCAAUAAUUAUGCUGUCAUGUGACAUUGAUUUUUUUUUUUCUACGGUCAUGUGACACAAGAGGCCAGUUAAAGGGAUUUCUGUGUUUGUUUCGGUGCCUUUAAAGACCCAAUGCUCACAUAUUGCUGAACUAUUUAUUCUGUUUUACAAUUUAUCUUUUAAAAUAAUUUUUAUGGAAGUUUUAAAAUUUUGUAUGACAAGUAAUAAUAAUACAAAUAUUGUAUUAGGAGUAGGAAAGGAAGGGGAACUUGGAAAUGGGAAGGGGUAUCUAUCCAUCAUUGAAAUAGGCAUAACAAUGUAUAUGGCAAAAAUGUUGUACAUCAAUGCACUUUAACAAUAAAUAUAUCAAAGACCAUAAACUGUUUGAUUUUUUUCUUCCCAUUUAUCCCAAUUAUAUUUUAAUAUUGGGAAACCAUGCAUAUUAGCUCUAUGCGAUAAUUCGUGUGCCUUGUUUUCUAGAAUCAAAUUAAAAACGUCUCUGAGAGAUGGCACAUUUUGGGACUUCCAAUGUCUAGGUAAACAGGAUGUAGCAGCGAUCAGAAUGUGGCCUAUGAUUAUUUUAUUAUUAUUAUUAUUAUUAUUAUUAUUAUUAUUAUGAUCUUUAUAGAGCGCCGUCAAAUUCAGCAGCGCUUUACAAUGGGUGGACGAAAAGACAUGUAGUUGUAACCAGACAAGUUGGACACACAGGGACAGAGGGGUUGAGGGCCCUGCUCAAUGAGCUUACAUGCUAGAGGGAGUGGGGUAAAAUGACACAAAAAGGUAAGGAUAGUAUUAGACUAGUGACAGUUGCAGAAGAGGAAUCAGUCAGGAGCUAUUAACAGUUUAAUUCAUACACUUUUAUGAAGAAGUGGGUUUUUAACGAUUUUUUUGAAGGAAUGGAGACUGGGUGAGCAUCUAACGGAGGAGGGAAGCAAGUUCUAUUAAUGGACUCCGGGAGUUUUUUAAAUAAGGCUAGUUCCGAAUGGUUCUGUUCACUUUAAUAAUUAGAUCAUGAAUCAUUUUCUAAUAAUUAGUUAAUUUUGGGGCAGAACCACCAGAUAUGGGCCAUAUUGCCCACACCCCCACAGUCUCUCCAACACCGGUCAGAAUACAUAUUGUUCAUGUUAUGUAAUCUAGACGGAGCCAGGUACCAGCGAUAUAAAAUUUUAUAAUGAUUUUCAAAAUGGUCGGUGCAAUACGAAAUACCUUUAAAAAAAAUCGAACAAUUCUUCUAAAUCGUACUGGGCACCCAACUCCGUCUCCCAUAACAACAUAUGUUUUACUUUAACUAAGGGCUUGGCAUUCUAAAACAAAUAACAUAAGGAUAUCAUACCUUUACUAGCGGGGAUGUAUAAAAAAAACUUUCUCUAAAGGAGAUAACUCAAGUGAUUUAUAGUUUUUAUCUGUUUCAAUUGGUAUAGUUCUUUCAAUUUGUCAAUGAUUAACAUACAUUCCAGUUCAUACAUUUGUUAAUCCAUACUUAAGCUUUAAUUUUUCCAAAGAAAGAAUAGCUUUGCCAUAAAUUUUUUUUAUCCAGAUUAGUUAUAGAGCAAUCCUUCAACAGUUCUAUUUUUUAAGGAUGGUAUAUAAUCUUUCAAUAACUCAAUAGGCAUUGCUCUAUAUAAACUGGGAGAAUAGUCAUUUUUAAAAACAAUGUCCCAGGCCUUAAGCGUAGUCUUGGUAGAUAAAAAUAAUUUUGUAAUUCCAGGUCUUUUCUUAGGAUUUAACCAAGGUAAUUCUGAUAAUCUAACCAGUAAAAUUUUCGAUUCUUCUAUUUCCAUCCAUCUGGGUUUAUCAACCUGGUUGUUAAAGCUCACAACCACCGCAGCGUUCGUGGCAAAAUAAUAUUUACGGAUAUCGGGGACACCGAUACCGUCAUUCGAUUUUAUGGUGCUGCAGGGAAGUGAGCCUUACUCGGGCAGGCUUGUUCCCCCAGGUAAACUUCAGCAUUGUCGAGUGAACUUUAUUAAAAAAUUAUAAUGGGAUGGACAGAGGAAUGGUCCUAAAAAAAUAUAAAAUUUUUGGGAGUAUCGUCAUUUUAAUAGUUGCGACCCUCCCCAGCAAUGAGCGCUCCAUCCCGCCCCAUCUCUCCAUCUCUUUUUGUAAGUCCGACCAUGCUUUUUUUACAAUUUAUCUAAGUGGGGGCUUAGUAGCUUUUCAAUAGUUGCUAGCUUCAGGCAUUUCUGUGUUCUGAUAAAACUUUGUAAUAAUAUCAUUUAAUAGUUGUCUUGACAAAAAAGAUACUCUAUUCUCACUAUUUUACUUCCACAUAUCAAAAGGUCAUAGAGGGACAUUAACAUAUAUACACAUUUAUUGUAGUUUUAAAGACGUCUUACUGUGGAGCUCUGCUGUACACUCACACACCAAACAUUGGGUGUUCCAAGGAAAACCAGCAUUAGAAUAGAUGUACAGAAUGAUUUGAGGCCAAAAUAGAGACUGUCGCUCAUAAGUAGGGACACUUGGUAGGUAUGAGACAACUGAUUAUUCAGUGUUGUAUCUCUGUGCCAUUAGACACUAACACCAUAUGUGUGCUGCCCUCUGAGUGACACUGCAUGGACCUUUAGAUAUUGGGCGGCCAGAAUUCACGGCUGUAGUAUAUAGAAACCAGCUGUAUACAGAUGUUGAUAAUGUUAUUUUUAGAGAUUCUUUGCAUUCCCCAUUCUGACCCAUUCUGUGCUAAGGGAUCAUUAUUCAUGAAAACUCCCACAAUUCUAACUCCCAGAUAUUGGGUCGCAGGAUACAACAUCACUGUGUCCGUUCUCCCCAUGUGGGGCCCUGAGAUAAUGCAGGGGACUCACACGUUAUCAGACAAGGGGGUGCUACAGUAGCUGCUAGCUGAGACGAUGCAGAUAUUAACUAAAUUUUAAGGGAAACUGAAGAAAUAGGGGUACACAUAAAGAUAAAGACGUCUGUUUAGUAGGAUUGCUGUAAAAUUAGACAUUGGGUCUUGUUGGGAGUGGUAAUCAGUAGUAGAUGGAUUUUUAAUGAAUGUCUCUAACAUAUUCUGCAGGGUUGUACAAUGAGAGCAAAGUACAUUUAUUUGUACACAGGGAUAGGAAUUCUAGGCUAGUUUAAGACGUGACAUAGGGAACUCUUUCGGGUGGGAGUGGGACUCUAAUGUUUUAGGGACAUUUAACUGAACCAUUGUUCUAGAUAAAAAAUAAGGGAGUGGAAAGGGGUGACUAGAAAACAUUUAUCAGAACUUAGUGAAAUAUUUAUUAUCAGAAACCGUUGUUUAUAGGUGGAAUAGCCAUCCAGCAGAGAUGGUACAAUGAAAGGGAGUUCUUGCAAUGUUGAGCAGGUAAGAAAAUCAAGAAUAAGCUCAGUUAAUCUUGGAAAUGGGCUGAGUAAAUGUACCUGGUAGAUUGCAUCUGCUGUCACAACCCCUGUUUUUAUAAUUACCGUAUAUACUAGAGUAUAAGACGAGUUUUUCGGCACAUUUUUUGUGCUGAAAAACCGCCCACUCGGCUUAUACUCGAGUCAGUCUGUAUAAUGGCAACUUGCAUUGCCACAAUACAGACCAGGACCGCCGGGCUCAUUACAAGCCGGGCGGUCCUGUUGGGGGCUGGCAGCGAGCUGUUACUUACCUUUCCUGCAGCUCCCUUCUCCUCCGUGCAGCUCCUCUGUCAGCUCCGUUCUGCUUACAGUGUAAGUCUCGCGAGACCCGGGUCUCGCAAGACUUACACUGUAAGCAGAACGGAGCUGACAGAGUAGCUGUAUGGGGGAGAAGGGAGCUGCAAGAAGGUAAGUAACAGCUCGCUGUCAGCCCCCCCCACUGGACCACCAGGGAUUCAGUAUUUUAUUAUAUUAUUAUUUUAAUAUUAUAUUUUAAUAAUAUUUUAUUAUAUUAUUAUUUUAAUAUUUGCAUUAUGUUUUUUUUUUUUUUUUUUUUUUUUUUUUUUUUUUUGUCCCUCCUCCCUGACCAGGCAACAAGCAGGGAGGGGGGACAAAAAAAACAUUUAAAAAAAAAUAAUUCAAAUAUUAAAAUAAUAUAUUAUUAAAAUAAUAUAAUAUUAAAAUAAAAAUGCCCUCCCCUCACCCAGUUUACACACACUGCAUUAUAUACACACGGCAUUAUAUACACACUGCAUUCAUUAUAUACACACAAACACACACUGCAUUCAUUAUAUUCACAACACACAAACACACACUGCAUUCAUAUUCUAUACACACACAAACACACACUCUGCAUUCAUUAUAUACACACACACUGUAAAUAAAUAUUCAAUUAAUGUAAUUUUAUUGGGAUCUAAUUUUAUUUAGAAAUUUACCAGUAGCUGCUGCAUUUCCCACCCUAGGCUUAUACUCGAGUCAAUAAGUUUUCCCAGUUUUUUGUGGUAAAAUUAGGGGCCUCAGCUUAUAUUCGGGUCGAUUUAUACUCGAGUAUAUACGGUAAAUGGAAACAAAGGGAACCUGAUUUUGACUAUUGUGUAUUGUCUGUUUUGGUCCGGGCCACCAGAAUUUGUCAAUAUGUGACUAAAGGAAAGUGCUGAGGCUGAGCAUAGUCAUGUUUUCAGGGGACAAGAUUUGCAUAUUGUUGGGUGAGGAUAAUGAGAGUUGAAGUUAAUAUAAAUUGGGCUUUCAUAAUUUUACCACUUCUAAAUGUUGAUUGGAUCAGAGUUUAAAAACAAAUUUAUAACACCGAAGAGAUUAAAACAAACUCAUUGUAAAUGUAGCUAGAGAGUAGAGAAGAAGCCAUUGCAUUGUAAUCAUUUUAAUUAACCAAUGUAUUGUUAACAAAUCCCAUAUCCAUGUAUCCUGUAAUCACGUGAUUCAAGUCCCAAUUAAAGUGUGUUACGAAUUUGUGGGGGAAAAAAAUAAAUGUAGAAUGUGUGAGAUCUGUUUUGACAUUUCGUGUUUGUAGCUGGUGACUAUCCUGUUUUUGUAGUACUGAUAAUUCUAUCUACCCAGUGUGACCUAAUCAAUCCAUCAGUAAACUUAAAACUGCAGAGGUGACUGUUGCAAAGGCCAAGAUGUGAUAAACCCCAAAUGUUGCACCUUUCAUUCUUUGAGAUGUCAAAAGUGUAAUUUUUGGGUGGGCAGUCAGUAGCAUGUUGGCUUUUUACCCAGAUAACUGAAUUUCUCUCCGUCAGCCAGUAAAUGUAAACGUGGGAGGGAGCCACUUGUUGCGUUCAGAUGUCUGUAAGUCUGCUAUAUCGGACCGAUCUUCAGGAUAUUGCAUGUUGGAUAAGAUCACAGCUUGACAAAAUAAAACUGAAGUCUCUGUGACAUGUGCUUUUACGCAACUGUUGAUUCAACACCUGGCCUUGAUUUCAUAUUUCAGAUACACUUUUAAAGUGGCUCUGUCACCUUCUGGGUUCUUUGAAUAUUUUGCAUUCCGGUGGCUGCAGGGUGCAGGUAGUUUUAGUUGCCUGGCCGCCGCCAUCUUAUUCCACGAGGUCCUUUUUAGCUCCUGGCAUGUCAUCUGCCAGGCGAUGAUGUCACUGUUAUACUCUCGCACAUGCAGGGGAGUACAACAUUCACAUCUAUGGAGGAUCCCGCUAAACCACAGGAUCUGCCAUAAAAAAAGCCUUUUUAUCCCCCCCCAGACAUCACUAGGGCAUGACAGAGGUAGCUCCGCAUUGUUGUGUAGCAAAACUACAUAAAACAAAGUGCUCAUUUAAAAAAUAAAUUAUAGGUUGGUAGGGGUGACUGUGCCACUUUAAAAAGUUUUUUUUUUCUUUCUUCAAAGUAUUAAAAUAUCAAAAUAUCUACAUCUUACAUAAACUCAAUACAUUAAAAUAUAAUAAAGUAUUGGAAAAACUCAUGCGAAAUAUAAAAUUUGAGGCCAAUGUUUCAAAAUCUAGCGAUGUGAAUGAGGCUGAUAUAUUUGCUGUCCAUCAACAUGUAGCCUAUUUCAAAGUAAAACGGACUCCGCCAUAGUCAGUUUGGCUACUUUAGGCUCAAUGUAGAUUUUAAUUUGCUAUAAUUUAGUGAAUAAACUCGGAGCUGUGUUUAUAAGGAUUGAAAUUGGAGAGGGACAUAUAACAUCAUGUAGACGUGUAAUCUGCUAAUCCGAUCACAUGCCUUAUCUGUUGCUUUUAUGAUGCUAAACAUGUUCAAUGUGCAAGCAUGUAAACCAACGCAUUGGUGCCGCCAUCUUGGAGACGCGAGUGUAAUCUUUAGUAAAGUAUAUAUGCUGGAGAUUAUGCUAGCGGAAUAUAGAAUUAAAUUGCCAGAUCUGCCUUAAAGUGUCAUUGUCAUAUGUUUUGUGAAUGAUGCCGUCCUUUAAAUUUGUGCACUAUGUGAAAUGAAACGUUGUCCUUGCACAUCGGCUACAAGCCAAGUUAAAAAUGCUUUUAACCAGUGAUCUAUAUGUCCGCCAGCAGUACAGUUAAGGCAAUAUAUGGUUUAAAUGCUUUAUGAGCCGACACAAUGUUGUUUGUUUUGUCCACAGGGAAGCUCCGUUGAUUCGAAUGUCUGCAGUGCGAGAUGCUAGCAGACAGAGCUCAAAGCACAGAUAUAGCCUUUUCCAGUUUAGUACGGGAUAUUAGAUUCUGGGAUUUUAUUUAUUUAUCAUUUCCAAUGCUGCAGGAAUGUACAACACCUAUUUCUGUUGUGCAUUGCUGUUUUAAUGGUAUUAUAAAUUUUACGUGACCGUUAAUGGUAACAAUAACCCAAUAGAUUUAUAAUGGCAAAAAAUGAAUAAAAAAUUAUUUGGUUUACUUUUCUCCAUAUCCUAAUAUUUGAAAGGACAUUGUGCAGUCAUUGAAUGUACUUCUUGUUGUAUUAUAAUAAGAUUUGGGGCAAGGGAAACACCUUGUUAGGUUUAAAAAAAAUUUAUUUGGGGGCGGGGGCAAUACUGGUAUUCACUGUAUAAACAAGGCAAACCUUCCAAGUACCCCAUGCGCAAAUUUAGGUGUAGGUUCAUGGAACGCUGAGUAGCAGUGAAUCCGGUAGCAAUAAUAUUAUUGCUUUAGACCUGCUGCUAUUUGUGAUGUCCUGACCUUCUAUGAGUUGUAGUUCCCUUGUCUUCGGAACUUCUUCUCCCAUUAAACUCUAACUGCCUGGAAAGCUCAGCAGAUCUUUAGAAAGCAUCCGUCACUUUCUGGAUUUGUAAACGUUUCUUGCAAAGUCUAGAAUUGUCAAUGUGAAAUAUUUUUUUUUUUUUCAAUUAUUAAUUGGCCAUGUUUUAUAUCCACUGAUUUACUGUUUUUACAGUAGCCAUGUGGUCACUCGAACUCCACCAAUGCUUAAUCUUUUUCAGAGCUAUUUAAUUUAUUUAAUUGGCACAUCAUGCUAUUUCAAGGGCCAUAUGGCCUUUUCCAGCGUGUUUAUGUAAAGCCGUGAUCUCACCUCAUGUGGUUAAUCUUGAUGAGCCAGCUUGUUUGCAUGUCAUUAUUCCGCAUUCAUAGCUUCCCAGUAAUCACAGCGAUGCUGUACGUUACUCUCUCCUAAAUAAAUCCAUAAGGAGUCUUAAUUUACCUCCUGCUGCAAACUUGUCCUGUUACUGAUCCGCCUGAUGGUGGUUAUUGUACUAUCACCUCCUUUUGAAUUUGAUGUAGUGACCAAACUUCUGGUUGGUAUAUGGAGUCCAGUCUGUUUAUGAUUUAAAUACUUAGACGAACCAUAAGGGGGAGCAGAACUCCAAACAUGCAUUGCAAAGAAUGAACUAUAGGUUUAUUUAAAAAAUAAAUUAAAAAAAAUACACCAAUUGACACUUAAAGAAGAAAAUAUUUGUAAUAUUUUAAAAUAUUUAAGGUGGAAAAUAAUGGGAUAUGGUGUGCUCAUAUGCUAUGAGCACCACUGUUUAAAAGUACCCCACAAAGUGCUGCACACCUCCCAACGAUCCUGAGUCCAUGUAGUAUAGUCCCUAUUUCCAGUCCAUGUUGCGCCAUUCUGUGUUUUACUGCACAAAGAGUUUGUUUUUUUUAAAUAAAUUUUUUUUUUUCUUAAAUACAUGAACUCACUCAAACAAAGUCAGGGCAUCAUGCCCAUAUAAGUGCACCGCGCCCCAUCAGGAAAACUCCACUUUCUGACAUGACCCAAAUAUGACCAUUGGCAUGUCCUCUACCUUGUCCCAGUUCUAUACCUUGUUAAAUCCCCUCUCUUAAUAUUGUAAAGCGCCACGGAAUCUGUUGACGCUAUAUAAAUGGCAAUAAUAAUAAUAAUAAUAAUAAUACCUGCGAGGUGUGGUGAUACAAGUAUCUCCUAUGUUUAUUUAUAUGAAGACUGAUAAUGGAGUACUUUGACUCGGAGCUGGGGAUCACACAGUAGACCAUUCUACCUCCCAACUUUUCAAACAGCCUGAAAGAGACAUUUUUAUUUAGGGUCGAGGAUGGAAUGUGGUGUGAGCUGAACUUAUUAGCGUGACCUGACUAACCAAAUGGUCUUAUUUACACAGACUGUAAAGGAGGAGACUAUAUUUAAAAGAAGAAAAACUACCACAACAAGAGGACAUAGUCUUAAAUUAGAGGGACAAAGGUUUAAAAAUAAUAUCAGGAAGUAUUACUUUACUGAGAGGGUAGUGGAUGCAUGGAAUAGCCUUCCAGCUGAAGUAGUAGAGGUUAACACAGUAAAGGAGUUUAAUCAUGCGUGGGAUAGGCAUAAGGCUAUCCUAACUAUAAGAUAAGACUAGGGAGUAAUGAAAGUAUUUAGAAAAUUGGGCAGACUAGAUGGGCCGAAUGGUUCUUAUCGGCCAUCACAUUCUAUGUUUCUAUGGUUUCUAAACACAUUUAUUGCAGUUUAAAGACACAUUACUGGGAGUAUUAUUUCUCUAAAGCUAUUUUAUCUUUCGUUCUUUUGAAAAACUAAAACAAAACACCAAAGCAGGUCUCUAUACUGCAUUUUAUUGUUGGGGUAAAGGCUAAAGUCUUUGAAUGUGGUCCUUCUGUUUUUGAGCAGUCUGUUAAUAUAUGGGCCUUCUCUACACCGACAGAUUGGCUCUUUUUGCAUCCUUUUUGUGAGCACAUGGUUUGGGAAAAACAAUUGUAUGAGCUGCAUUUAACCCCUUAAGGACCAAACUUCUGUAAUAAAAGGGAAUCAUGUGUCAUUAAGGGGUUAAAGGCAUGUUGCCCCGUAAUCCCCGUACAGUAUAAACUGUAGCAGUUUUAUGGUGCUUAGUGUCACUUUAACACAGAUCUCUAAUCCUCCCAGACUGGUCCCUUGAUGUCUUCUGCAAAGUCAUUAAAAAUGGUGUUUGCAGCCGAAAAUAGAAAUGACAUCAGCGAUAUGACACGCUUUCAGAGUAAAUAGACUGAAAUAAUGAUUUUCCUUCAGGAAGUCACUGAGAUUGUGGAAUGAUUCACAAACUGGAGUUAAAGAGCCUGGGAGAUUUAUUCCCUGGAAGUGACUAAUUGUUGUUUCCAUGCUUUUUGAGACCAUUCAUGUACAGUUUGUAAUAAACUAAGAUUUAUGGUACUGACUUGCAGCAGCAAUCGAAAAAUUGAGUUUGAGGCGAUCUGCAAUUAAGAUGCACAGUUUGCAUGAAAACUUUGAGUAAUUUACAAUUUUAAAUUUACAUCUGAAUCCAAUACAGAUUGCAAUUUUAUCAACUAAUGGUUCCUCCUUAAUUUGAGAGGCUAUCAAAAAUGCACAGGGCUUAUGGACCACUCCACACCCAUAAAGCCAUUUUUUUGUAUACACACCAUGCCCUGCAGUGUCGUUGGUCUAUUCUAACCUCCCCUGGUUGUGACUGACGCAGCCUGCAUGAAAACAAAACGGUUUAGGUUUCAAUCAGAUGUUAACUUACUUUAGAUGUUUUUUUUUUUUAAUUUUUUAAAAAAAAUUUUUAAUCUCUUGCUCUGUUAAUUGAACUUUAAUCACACACGUGAGGCUCCUGCAGAGUUUAGAAGGCUAUUAACAUAGCAGAAGAUAGGAAAUUCUAUAUUAAACAGACUGUGUAAUAAAGGAACCUAAAAUAUCUAUCAAAGUUCAUUUUCAGACCACUUUAUCUCAUUGAAGUGGUCUGGAUACAAUGUCCCUAUCCCCUUUAGUCCUGCAAUGUAAAUCAUUGCUGUUUUUGAGAAACUGCAAGCAUUGCAUAGCAGUACUAAGACUGCCUCUAGUGGCUGUCAGACCUAUAGGAAAGCAUUGGGAGGCUAUUGCACAUGUGAGGCUAAAUGCAGCACCACGCCAAUGAGCUUUUCCUCAGAUGCAUUGACUGAAUAAAUCUCUAUGGGGAGCAUUUCGUGUUUACACCUUUAAGUGGCCAUCUGCGUGACUGCCACUAGCGUUACUCCUAGGCAGCAAUGUAAAAACGUAUCUGUAAAGGCAGUGUCUGUAUUAAAAAGUCUGCAGGGACAGGCUAUAUACACCAUAACAACUACAUUAAGCUAUAGUUGUUCUGUUGACUAUCGUGUCCCUUUAACUAUAAAUUCCAGUAAUCUAAUUAAACUCCAGUUAGUUUAAUUUCAACAAAUAUAUAAAACUCUUGGGGGGGUGGGAGGGGGGAAAGGUGACAGAAGUAUUUUAAGAAGGACUGUUCUUCCUAAACAGGGGGCACUUGGCAGGUAUGCAAUUCAGGGAGUAUCUCUUGCCUAUACAGCAGACCCCAUUAAAUAAUUAGGCAUUGCUUCCCAAACGCCUAGUGUCUCCGUUGCCAUCCUUUGAUGUGUGCAGCUGCAAUUUUGUAGAGUAAGCCCUUAGCUGUUGAACUUCCUUAAUUAAAUUGUUUUCCUGGAGUUUUCUAUUGUUUGAAGCAGAAUUGCUGUGUUCUCAUUUUUAAACAUCAUCUUGUAGAUAAUAGGGGGAAAAAAAAAGUAACGUUCUGAUUUAAAUGAAGAUAUUUAUCCUUAAAGGAAACUUCUACCCAAGGCAGUUACAGAAAGCAAAUGGUUAAUUUUCAUAAAGAUACUUUCUACAGCAUAAAGGGACACUGUAGGCACCCAGACCACUUCAUCUCAUUAAAGUGGUGUGGGUGCCAACUCCCAUCACCCUUAACCUGCAGCAGUAAUUAUUGUUAGCUUUUUUAAUAAACUGCAAUAAUUACCUCUGAGGGUUAACUCCUCCUCUACCAGACAGCCACUAGAGGGACUUCCGGAAUUGAAACAGACUUUUGGUCCGUUAUCUGACGCUGGACGUCCUCUCGCUCUGCAUGAGGACCUCCAGCGUCAGAUUUUCCCCACAGGAACGCAUUGAAUAAUGGUGUCCUAUUGGGAGAUCCUAAUGGGUACGCUGCCAUGUGUGGGCGGAGCUGAGCCAGCGAUGAGGGACCAUCGGCACUGGACCCAGGUAAGUGACUAAAGGGGUUAUUAACUCCUUCACCACCGCGGAAGGGGGCCUUGACAGAGGAGGAAGCUAUAGUGCCAGGAAAACGAGUUUGUUUUCCUGACACUAUAGUUUCCCUUUAAGAAUAGGCUGAAUGCUUGAGGAUCAGUAGCAUGAAACAUUUUGCUUUUUAUUUUUGUUUUUGUUUUUGCACUUUUUACACUGUAAUAGUUGAUAUAAUAAAUUAACUCUUUUUUUUUUUUUUUGUAGGCUUGCUUUGAACAAUGCAUUUUUGUAAGGUUUUGCCCGUUUGAUCUAUUUAUUUGAUGGAUAGUAAAAUAAUUUCAAACUGAAAUGUAAUGCUUUGACUUUAAUAUAAAGAGUUGUGUUGCUAAUAAAAUUUAAAAUUAACUAGAAAAACUACCACAACAAGAGGACAUAGUCUUAAAUUAGAGGGGCAAAGGUUUAAAAAUAACAUCAGGAAGUAUUACUUUACUGAGAGGGUAGUGGAUGCAUGGAAUAGCCUUCCAGCUGAAGUGGUAGAGGUUAACACAGUAAAGGAGUUUAAGCAUGCGUGGGAUAGGCAUAAGGCUAUCCUAACUAUAAGAUCAUUUUUUUUUAUUUUUUUUUAAGGCACACUAUAGGCACCAAAACCGCUUUAGCUUAAUGAAGCAGUUGUUGUCUGUGUAUAGAUCAUGCUCCUGCAGUCUCACUGCUCAAUUCUCUGUCAUUUAAUAGUUAAAUCACUUUUGUUUCUCCUUUGAUUAUGCUGUCCUUGCCACACCUCCCCUGGCUGUGACUGACACAUCCUGCAUUAAAACACCAUGGUUUAGUUUCCAAUCAGAUGUUAACCUGAUUUUAGAAGUUUUUAUCUCUUGCUCUGUAAAUUGAACUUCAAUCACACACAGGAGUCUCCUAUAGGGUCAAUAAGGCUAUUAACAGAGCAGGAGAUAAGAAAGUCUAAAGAGACCGUGCAAUAAAAGCAGUAUACACAUUAGAGGACUCUUUACAGGAAGUGUUUAGGAAGGUUGUGUAAAUCACAUAUAGGGGAGGUGUGGCUAGGGCUACAUAAACACAAAUAAAAGUGAUUUUACUCCUUAAUGGCAGAGAAUUGAGCAGUGAAACUGCAGGGGCAUGUUCUAAACACCAAAACUGCUUCAUUAAGGUCAAGUUGUCUUAAGGUCUAUAGUGUACCUUUAAGGACUGGUAAGUAGCACAGAAACCCUGUCCAGAACGCUUUGUAGCAUUCCACCCUUAGCUCUGUAUGUUGAGGUUACACUUCACAGCCUGAGCGAAUCCAUUGAUGUAUUUGUAUUUGUUCUGCUCUUUCUGGCUCCUAAAUGACACCAGGGUACAAAUUCAGGAUUGUGUAUUCUCACAUUUGGGGCUGGAGGGAAUCCUUAGACAUCGUACCAAACAUUGCUUCAUGGCGUGCUGAUCUUCCUAAUUAGGUUAACUUUCCCUCUGGAUCCUGAACAGUUAGCGAGUAACUGUGUAAUGUGAGCAGCCAAUCAGAACCAGCGAUUCAGACCUAAAUGAUUUAUUCUGAGCAUUUCUAAAGAGGUCAUGGCGUUUUGGUCUGAUGCUGAAUGCCACCUGUGCCAUAACGAUCUCCAUGUUAAUUCUAAUUUCAUGCAAUAGUAUUAAACUAUGAGAUUGUCAUAGCUCCCUACAUUACGAGGUUUGGGUGAGGGGGCUGUCACUCACAGUUGUUUUAUGUGCUUAGUUUGUGCAAUAUGAGUGCGUCCAGUUGCGAAUAAUAUAUGAUGGCACAACCUCAGCCCCAAAUUGGGCAAUGUAUGGAGGUCUUCAAAAUGAACGCAAUGUAUAGGCAGUUUUUAAAGUACAACAUGACUGUGCAAAUACUACAGAAAGUUUAUUAAGAGCAGCUUUUAGCAUCUGUAGAACGGAGGAUGGUAAACAGGAUGGCUGGUCGCUAUAUCAUAGAGCAUUACUGGGAAUGACAUGUAUGGUAAACUAUUAUACAUUGAAUUCUGCUGUAUAUAAAUCCAUUCUAUCCUCCAUGGAAACGUUCUGUAGGCGUCUGAGACACAAGUCUGGGCCCCAUGAAUCUUCCUUUUAUAAUUAUUUACAGUAUCCAAAUGGAGACGUAUUCUGUUUACAAAGUGUUUAUUGGAAUAUCCUAGCUCUCCCCAUCUAUUGUCAUCGGGGAUACAUAUUUGUGGUCUGCUUCUGUUCGUGACACGGAGUUAUGCGUGCAUGUAGAAUUCUACUUUAAAAUGAGAAUUGUAUUUGGGACUUUCCUGGCAGGGUGAUGGGGAGAUGUACAGAAAGCAGAUCCCAUCUCCCCAGCUGGCGUGGAUUCAGUUAUAUAAAUCCCAGUCUUUGUGGAAUUGCAGACUGUGAUAUAUUUAGUAAUGCUUUGUAUAAGAACAGACUUCUGCUGACACCGUACAGAUCUGUGUAAUGUCACAUAGUGCCUCUGGAAGCUGUAAAUUGCUACAUACAGAUAUACAUGGUUCUGGAGUAACCAGAAUUAAAGUGCUCCUGACGUGAUUUCACACCGAAGAGAAUAACAUUGUAUCUAUACAUUACACUAGCCAAAUUGCCAAAACUUCUAUAACUAUGCUCUGAUUUGACCUUCUUGGGCUUCCCAGUGAUGCUGUAGGCAUGGCCUUAAAGCCUUCCAUGCAUUGAUGUGUGCCAACUAAUGUGAGAUGCCACGUGUGAUUUGUAAACUGUAUGUAUUAAGGACACCACAUUACAUGUGAAUGGAGAGAUUUUUAGGCGUGCACGUUUUUUUAAUUUAUUUUUUAUUGGGGUAAGUCCCUGUUUGAUUGCGACAUAACAAAGUGAUAACAUAAAUCAUAUCAUAAAACCAGCAGAAUUAUCAAUAUAUCUUCUAAUCUAUACAACUGCAAGCGUAUAUGCAAUCUUCCUUCCUAAGUGUAACUUGUCACCCACUUGAUUUGUAGAUGUCCUGUUCAUUUUAAAUGGACCUUGCCACUUGUGGGUCUGGUGCCUGGAGGAACAGUUAAUGGUGAGUUCUGCUUACCUGAACCUGUCUCUUGUGGACACCACCAUUUUCUCUUCUUCAGUGUCAAGAGCCACAUGGGUUAGAGUACAGCAUUGAGGUAUGAUGAAGCCAACUCCCUGCAGCCAUCACUGGUGACGAUUGAGGGGAUUGAUCAGUCCAGUGUCUAGAAGUAGUCUCAGUAUAUCUCUUGACUGUGUUGGAAUUACAAUGAAAUUUUAACAGAGUCAAUCUGAGUAUUUCAUAAAGAUUCUGUCUUUAUAAAAUACUAAUUAUUCAGGUGUGUGAGUGUCAGAGCCGCUUUAAGGUUAGAGUUUUUGUUUGUUUUUGGCUUGUAUGUGCUCACAUGAUAACAGAAGUGAUAGAAUCCCGUAAUACACACGUUACCUUGAUGUAUCCAGUAUAUCCAUACUGACCAUAUUAACCUCAGAUCUGCGUACAAUUAUAAUACAACAGCAGCAGUAAAGGGAAGAUAAAAUUGCACGGAUUGCUCAUUGUCACUUUUUUUUCAGUGAAUAAAACUUGCAGAAUCAUUCAAUGAAAAGGCGAUACUGUUAUGGUGUAAUAUAUACAGAAUAUUUCAUGGAACUGUGGAGGCACAAAAGACAUUGUGAAAUAAGAAAGGGGAACCGUCGUGGACAUUGCUGAGUAGAAAUUAUCAAUCUGAAAUCUUUUAUUCCACUAUAAGCUAAUUUUUAGACUUUUUAUUUUUAAUUUAUAAAUAUUGGUUUGACGUGUUACCUGGAGGACACCAGACACCACUUUCCGCCUCCACUACAAGCGCUGGAGACCCACAAAUAUGCAGUGCAGGCCUAGCUCAUUGACGGAGAGUGUCGGCAAGCUGCAGUUGUUAUAGUGAUUGGGGCACUCCUUUAAUUAUAGGACAGCCAGCGGUGUUGAGUUACAUUGAAUGUGUGUCUUGAUACAUGGGAAGCAGCCGCCUCUAAUGGCCAGUGAAACACACCCAUCAUUAUCGAUCUUGGCAAAUCGUGAGCUCAUUGUAGCAGGAUUAACACUGCCAGAGACAUUACUGUUUCUGUAUUUCCAUAAUAAUAAAAAGCCAUUUUCUUAAUUUGUAUAAUUUUGUUUGUUGCAGUUACAUUUAUUGUAUAAACUGCUUUAAAAUAUAUUACUUCCUCCCCUCCCACCGUUGUUACUGCUCUACACCAAAGUUUCCUACCUAUGAUUUUAAAAUAGAUUGGAUUGAAACCUCACUAAAUAAAAAGCACUCCGCCAAAAAAUAAAAUAUAUAUAUAUAUUUUUUUCUCACCUGACAUCCUGACGCUAACUGUUUAGACAGAGCAAUCUAAUCCAAAAUUAAAGCUCUUUUGAAAUCACAUAUUGGUCCCUUACAAGAGUGAAAGCUGGUCAGGCCGUACCUAGAACAUUUGGCACCCGGGGCGGAUCUGAGGCUGGCUGCUCUGGCUAGCUGGCAGACUUACUGGCUGCCGUGGAUGGCAAUGAUGGCUGGCAGACUGGCUGUGCUGACCUUUUUCUUCCACCAGCCAAUUUGUGUGUCUCGUUUUCCAUUCGCACCUAUGUGUUUGUUUUAUCUCCUGCCCCUCUGGGUGCAUUUUUUUUUCCCCUUCCUCUCUGUGUGUCUCUUAUGCGUAGAUUGCACACCCGGGCCACUCAGUUGGCCACUGAAUGGUACCUCCCCUAAUGAAUGGCACCAGGGCCGGACCGCCUCCCCCCUACACCACUGAGCGGGUCAACCCCCUAUAGCAUAACAAAUUAAUAAUCUUAGUGUGCUACCAUUCAGUGCCACCCCCUGGUACUAUUUUAACUUUGAUGGGAUAAAGCUGAAUAUUAAAUCUACUGUGACUUUCACGUAUAACAAAUGAAAGAGAGCAUACUUACUUCAGUUUUGUUAUACUUUUAAAAUAGAAAAUGCUGUGCUAAUUAUGGAAGCCAUUAUCUUGCAUGCUACGUUAUAUUAGACGGAUAAUGUAUCAAUGUUUGAUGUACUCUACUAAUUCACAAUUAAAGUUUAACCCCUUAAGGACACAUGCCAUGUGUGACAUGUCAUGAUUCCAUUUUAUUCCAGAAGUUUGAUCCCUAAGGGGUUAAACUAAAAAUAUACUGAAUUCACACAUGCCUUCUCCUAUUGCACACAUCACACUGCCCACUGCAUAUACCUAUUAACUAGCUGUGUGCCUACAUGCUUUCACACAGACACACGCGCACGUACUGUGGCAAUAAUUUUGAGUUUUUAAAAAAAAAUUUUAGUGAGUGACUGGGGAGUUCCAUAUUGACCAUAGCCAAAUGAUAAAUCAUUUUCGAUGCAGCAAACCGCUUAUCCAGAGGGAAAAAUAAAAAUGAGUUUUAGCCUAUUCCUUCAGUUGCUAUUUUACCACUGGACAGAAUAUAAUCUGCCAUAUUCUAAUAGGAACUCCAUUUAUACCCCUGUGGCCUGUACAUAAUAAGCUAAUGGAUACAUGGAAGAGUCAAUUAUGGGAUACACAAUCCUAAUUAUUUUGCCAGCUUUAUGCACUGUAGUUUUGUUAGCCCUGCUCGUCCCAAACAGGCGACUAAGCUUGGUGUGUUCUCAGCCGAGCUUAUCGCACACUGCUGGCUGCUUAUGAUAUUGAUGCGGAUACUGUAAUCAAUGGUGUAAAGACCUGUAGUGUGCUCAUUGACCAGAAGGGGUCACUAGUGCAUCAUGCAGACUGAGCUCUCCAUUAAAGGAACACUAUAGUCACCUAAAUCACUUUAGCUAAAUAAAGCAGUUUUAGUGUAUAGAUCAUUCCCCUGCAAUUUCACUGCUCAAUUCACUGUCAUUUAGGAGUUAAAUCACUUUGUUUCUGUUUAUGCAGCCCAGCCACACCUCCCCUGGCUAUGAUUGACAGAGCCUGCAUGAAAAAAAAACUGGUUUCACUUUCAAACAGAUGUAAUUUACCUUAAAUAAUUGUAUCUCAAUUUCUAAAUUGAACUUUAAUCACAUACAGGAGGCUCUUGCAGGGUCUAGCAAACUAUUAAAAUAGCAGGGGAUAAGAAAAUCUUAAUUAAACAGAACUUGCAAUAAAGAAAGCCUAACUAGGGCUCUCUUUACAGGAAGUGUUUAUGGAAGGCUGUGCAAGUCACAUGCAGGGAGGUGUGACUAGGGUUCAUAAACAAAGGGAUUUAACUCCUAAAUGGCAGAGGAUUGAGCAGUGAGGCUGCAGGGGCAUGUUCUAUACACCAAAACUGCUUCAUUAAGCUAAAGUUGUUCAAGUGACUAUAGUGUCCCUUUUAACCAUGCUUUAAUGCUGCAUUGAGCUGCAGGUAUUUGCAUAUUUCCAUGUAACAAUUGUUGGGUUUUACAUUUUAACCUUUUACUAUAGACUGUCUUGGUACUACUUUAGGAAAUAUCCAUUGGAUGAACACUGACCAAAUCUUUUUGUCUUCAGGAAUUCUCUCACUCCAGGUCGUCCUUGUCCCGGGAGAAUGUUCUCCCCAUGCAUGAAAGCAGCCGGGAUGGGGUGGAAGACAUGGCUCUGCUCUCGGACCUGCACGAAGCCUCCAUAAUGCUGAACCUGCACAUGCGAUACCUGAAAGAUCAAAUCUAUGUGAGUAAUGCGCAUGCACGGCUCUGGGGAGGGAUCCAAUGCUAAGGUAAAGGACUUGCAUUGUUAUCAAAAUAAGAAUUCUAUGCAUCUGUUUAAUGGCUUAAAAUAAUAACCACAGCUACCCAACAUUCUAAUAAAUUAGUCACACCUGCCAUCUCUCUCCUUUUAUCUCAGAGACCUGGGCAUAGUAAAUAGCAAUAUUCAGCUGCUUUUAUGGUAAAAAAUAAAUACAUCUUACUUUAAGUCUGGGGUAAUGUACACAGCCAUUCCAGGGCAACAGUGAAUAUCCAAUAUUUAAAUGUAAACUCCAUGUCCUUUCGGGUUCUGUGUUCUUCUGAGUAUUUGGGGCCUGGGAGAAGGGCAAAGAAGGGCAAGAAGUGACCACUGUUCCUUAGUGCUGCCUGUAAUGUAUUUUUAACUCUAGCAACUCACAGCAAGCAGUUUUCAAAGUGAUCUAGUACUGUGCUACUCCGCUUGCUGGGAUUUUCAGUCCCAGAACAGAUGUGGAACUUGGUAUUUCAAUGAGCUGCACAUUUAUUAGGAGAGAUACAUUUUAAAUCAUGGGACCUGGAUGUAGCCCCAUCCCUAAACUAGAUUAAAUUUCAGCUACAAUAAUUCUGGGAAAAAUAUGGAGUCCAGCAACACACAGGAUCAAGGAGCAUUUUACUACCUCGUACUAAAUUACCUCUCCCACAUGUUAAUUAUAACGGUUUUACUUUUUGCAGACUAACAUUGGUUCCAUAUUGGCAUCUCUUAACCCCUAUAAGCCUAUUGCUGGUCUAUAUGAUGAGGAUGCUGUAGAGCUAUACAGUCGGCACCAUUUGGGGGAGCUGCCACCCCAUAUAUACGCCAUCGCCAACGAGUGUUACCGCUGUCUAUGGAAAAGGCACGACAGUCAGUGUGUUCUUAUCAGGUACGGUGGGGAAUACCUGGGCAAUGAGGGGCAACUGUGACCCUUCAACUCUUCUCUUUCUUAGUAAGAGGUUACGGAUUGUAACAGCUGAUGAUUAUGGGGGUGCAGCUCACAAGGAAUAUUUGAUAUUGGCUGUAGAUCUGUAUGGUGGUAAAAUAUUGCCUCUAUAAAGCAUUAAAAAUGGGAAGUAUUCAGCGCAAGCCACGCUAACACCUAUGGCCAGCUGAAAACUUGUUGCUGAUGUGAUGGAGCUCUUCACAUACACAGCACUGGAGCUCGAUACGUGUCCCUGGAGACUGACUUAUAACAUUUCUUAACACCUACCUUCGUUUUACAGUGUGAUGUGAAUGUGCGAACUCCCUUCUCAUCCCAUUACUCCUUUAGUGAUUAAACCCCACACUGCCUUUAAGCUAACCUUUCCCUGGUUGACAUGCUAGAUCCUAGGUAGAUCUAAUUUCUUUCUUUCUUUUUUAAAUCUUGUUUUAGUGGCGAGAGUGGAGCAGGAAAAACGGAGAGCACAAAACUGCUGCUUAAAUUCCUUUCGUCCAUGAGCCAAAGUUCUGCAGAGGGAGCUGGGACCCAGACGCAUGUGGAGGAGGCUAUCCUGGAGAGCAGGUAAGGGCUGUCCUGUCACACCUAGGUUAUUAAAUGUAGACUAUAGAUGUUGGUGAUGGCUGCUAUGGACAUUUCCCAUGAUUCUCAAUGAAUGACUUGACCGAUGAAUGAUUCACAGGAAAUUAGGUCCAUAAAAACCUGAUGUGCCAAAAUCUAACCAUCCAUGAUCUACAAUAACAAAAGACCUGGCUUCAUGUUCAAAUAUGACCAUUUCCUCUGUCUUUCAGUAUUUUGUUGAUGGGUUCUCUCUCUGUUCACAGCCCAAUCCUGGAAGCGUUUGGAAACGCCAAGACGGUAUAUAAUAAUAAUUCCAGUCGCUUCGGAAAAUUCAUCCAACUUCACUUUUCCCAGCAGGGUCACAUUCAAGGUGGCAGAGUGGUGGAUUGUAUCCUUCAUGGCCUAAAUGAUGUCCAGUGAUGUAAAGGGAGCAAAUUCCAUAAAAUGACACUUUACCUUCAGCUUUUACAGUUUCAUUAUAAAUUGAGCCCUCUAUCUGGCAGAGGAAUCUGGGACUUGUAGUUCAGGAUGAAGAACUUUGCCCAAUAUCUGACUAUAUAGGUCAAGUCAAAAUGGAGCAGUGUUGUCCAAUUAUUUAAUCUAAAGUCCUCACCUCUCCCUCCUUCAGUAAGUCCACCAAUAGAAAGAAUACGGCCUACCUCUGAAAGCGAGGUGGCUGUUGUGAACUCAACUUUUGGCCUUUUUGAACUCAAACACCAAACUCUGUGCCCAAACUUACACCUGAGCCGGUUAAUUGCUCAGUCGGUGCACAUUGCUAGAUCACCACACUUUGCUAUUUUGUUGCAAAAAAACACGAAAAUGUUUGUUCCAAGAUCACCGACCCCUUUCUUGAAGGAUUUAUUAUGACCAGACUUGUAGGGGGGGAGGGAGGGAGAGAUUAUUCAAACAUUACCCUGUAUAAAUAUUUAUGAAUAUCCUCUUUAACCCCUUAAGGACCAAACUUCUGGAAUAAAAGGGAAUCAUGACAUGUCACACAUGUCGUGUCCUUAAGGGGUUAAACAAAAGGCUAUGUAAGGAGCUCUUUAACUUUAAUCUUCUAAUUAUGGAAACUAAAAAAAUAAUAAAAUCCUUGCUUGACCGCUAUGAAUUAGCUUAUUCUCCAAUUCUGUCUACUGAGGGAUGGGGUUAAACAGGAUAAAUAUUCUUCUGACACCAGGGAUUGACAUCACAGAUUCUAAUUUAAGGAAACCAUAUAUUGUGGAAAAGUAGUUGAAUUUAGAAAGAUUUGGAGAUGACUUCCUUUGUUUAACAAAUCAGGAUUGUAGGUUGUCAUCAUAUUUUUGUGAAUGAACACAACUUUUUUUUACUUUUUUUAUUUAUUUUUUUUAAUUUGAAAUUUGAUAGUUCUACUAAUAUGGAAACCCAGAUGUUUGCAUGUUACUCAGUAGUUUUGUCCCAUUUUCUAUUUUAAAAUACAUUCUACUGCACUUCGAAAUAAUUUUAGUCUCUUCCACCUUUGCUGGAUGGCCAUUCUGUCUCUACAACUUUGUUCCCACUUUUUUCCUGUAUGUGACCUCACCAAAGUGCAGCUCUAAUGUUGUUUUUUUAUUUAUCAAAGCAGCAAUAGUGGUGUAAGGAUUUUAUUAUUAACAAAUAAUAAAGAAAAGGAUUUGAUUCACUUCCUCCCCCCACCAUCCGAUCUCAGUUUGAUUUAUUAUGUCUGAUAUUUCAGACACAAAUACAUCUCUGGCACAGACAAUGAGCUGGCAGACAUGAGUAAUACAUCACACUCCCACUCUAUUACAGGAACAUUGCUAAUUGUGUAAUCAGGGAAAUUUAAUUGAUGUUUUUUUUUUUUGUUUUUUUUUUUUUAACAAUUGUUCUUGAGAUACUUAGAAAUUAAUCCUUAUUAUGGUUCUACAUAGAUACACCAUGGGAGAGGGCACAUGGAUACCCUGAUACACCAUGGGAGAGGGCACAUGGAUACCCUGAUACACCAUGGGAGAGGGCACAUGGAUACCCUGAUACACCAUGGGAGAGGGCACAUGGAUACCCUGAUACACCAUGGGAGAGGGGGCACAUGGAUACCCUGAUACACCAUGGGAGAGGGGGCACAUGGAUACCCUGAUACACCAUGGGGCGAGGGUACAUGGGUACCCUGAUACACCAUAUGGACCCUGAUGGGAGAGGGCACAUGGAUACCCUGAUACACCAUGGGAGAGGGCACAUGGAUACCCUGAUACACCAUGGGAGAGGGCACAUGGAUACCCUGAUACACCAUGGGAGAGGGCACAUGGGUACUCUGAUACACCAUGGGGCGAGGGCACAUGGGUACCCUGAUACACCAUAGGAGAGGGGGCACAUGGGUACCUGAUACACCAUGGGGUGAGGGCACAUGGGUACCCUGAUACACCAUGGGAGGAGGGCACAUGGGUACCCUGAUACAGGGCACAUGGGUACCCUGAUACACCAUGAGGGCACACAUGGGUACACUGAUUAUAUCAUACAUCGGGGGAGGGGGCAAUACAUUGGUGGUGAAAGGGCUCAUGGGUACAAAAAAUAAACAAAGCGAGAAGGCAUAUGGGUAACUGAGUACCUGCUUAAAUUCAUUUCUUUAGAGAUUGGUAGGAUAUAUGUGCUGUGGGUGGUGGUCCUUGUUGGAAGGAAGGUUGAUAUUACUCUUACUAGAACAAUAAUCGGUUAUUAUUGAUUCAUGGGUGAGAACAGCGUUUGCAAAACACUCCUCUAUUCCACUGAGGGCAGCGGGUUUAUAGACUGGGAGGGAGACCUAUAAACUGUAUUAUUUCCUUUAAUGCAGUAAUUCUCAGAUUUGUUGGAGAAGGUGAGUCUGCGUCCAGUUAUCUGUUCGGAGUCCGUACUGUCAUCAGCUCUAUGUAUCGUGCCAUUAACUGUGUCAGCGCCAUCAGCUAUUCAGUAAUGUGAACUGGUUAACUCUUACACUGCUGGCAGAAUUCACACACAUUUGUAUCAGUUAGGGCAAAAGCCGGUAGAGGUCUUGAUGCAGGAACAGCCAUCCCCUCAUAUCCCUCAUUCUUGUUAGCUACCCCAGCUCUCCCUGACAACUUUUUAAAUUAAAUUUUUUUUUGUAAUUUUUUAAAAAUGUAUUUGUUUAUUUUCCCCCUGCUAGCCUGUUAUGUACCCAUAUCUCCCACCAGCCAUUUCUUUUUCUCUAAUAUCUCUUUUUUUUGUAGCCUUUUUGAGUUCUUCCCCCUGGCCUGGGCUGUAGGAGCUUGUGAUAACCCUGAGCUCCCCUUUCCCUCCAGGCCUAUUUCUUCGCACUAAUGUUAAUUAUGCGUCCCCAUGGCUGCCAUUAACCUCUAUUAUCAUUAUUUUGUACCCAAUGUCUCCUUCUGUCUCCUAGACCCGAGUCACACGUCAGAGUCCUGGCGAGAGGAACUAUCACAUCUUCUACGCCCUGCUUGCAGGCACCAGUAAGGAAGACAGAGGUAAUAUAUCUUGUUCAUUAAGCUGCUCUGUCAAAAUAAUCUGGUUUCCCAAAUUUGUUAAUGCAGUGGUAUUAGAUACAUCUUCAUUUGAGAAAAUAGAAAUUUCUGAUUGAUCAAAAGUGACCCUCUCAGUAUUACUUUACUGAGAGGGUAGUGGAUGCAUGGAAUAGCCUUCCAGCUGAAGUGGUAGAGGUUAACACAGUAAAGGAGUUUAAGCAUGCGUGGGAUAGGCAUAAGGCUAUCCUAACUAUAAGAUAAGGCCAGGGACUAAUGAAAGUAUUUAGAAAAUUGGGCAGGCUAGAUGGGCGAAUGGUUCUUAUCUGCCGUCACAUUCUAUGUUUCUAUGUUCUAUGACACCAAAUCCAUUGUCAAACUACAACUCCCAUAGUACUCUACAUGUUUCGUACUCUUUGAGUCUAGGUCCGCUCCCUGGUAAUCCUGGAUAAUGGACAGGGUUUUCAGCCUUGCCUUGUUUUAUUUUUUCCAGUGAGUUAUUUUAUAUUCAGCAUUCACAGACUCUGCUGCAUAAUGUGAAUGAUAAAAAGAAUAUGAAGUGCUCAAGGCAGCUGGUAGAAGACGAACUGUACGUUUUAAUAAGUGCACUCCGUGGGGUUUUAUUUUACAGAAGCUCUCUGUCUCUCUGAUGCGUUGUCCUACCAAUAUCUCAGCACGUCGGGCUGUGCGACCGCCGAAGGACUGAAUGACAAGGACAUGUAUCAGAAAGUUAUGGUAAGUCCAUUGUAUGGUUGAGGUUUGUGCACCUUGUCUUGUGCCCUGUGGGCCGGAUAGAAUUGUUCUGACGAGCCUUCCUGCCCUGUGCCCACAGACAGCCCUGCAGGUGAUGGAUUUCGGCGAUGAGGAGAUCGGGGAAGUAUGGAAACUUCUGUCAGGAAUCCUACAGCUGGGAAACUUAGAAUUCAUGACAGCAGGUGGAGCCCAGAUCACAACUAAAGCAGGUACAUCCAUUGCACAAUUGGUUCAUGCGGUGGAAUAGGGCUUGUGAACAUUAACAUUUUAACUCUUUUGAUGCCAAAACAAUGCUUUACCACAGCAUUUUAAUAUAUAAAUUAGCCCAGCUGUUCUGUAUUUUCCAUUGUUUUCUAGCUGUGCAACAAGUGAGCCACCUACUGUCGGUCUUGGGGUACUACACUGGACCAUUCUUAGACCAGACAUGUCAUGCAUACGGCAGUCUCUCUCUGAUUGCUUGCAAAGUUUAAAUGGCUUACAAGUUUAUCCGUAGCCAAACUUCCUUCUUAUGCUGCACAGUGAUAACCGGAAAAUCUGGUUGCAAAGAUCUCAAUGCUUCCCCUGUGCCACAGUAAGGGUUAAACCAGCCAGAAGACACAUGGCUCACGUCAAUCUUAGAAGUUUGGAAUCAGGGAGUAAAAUGAGUGGUAUAUCGUCUUUUCCACUGUCUUUUUAGUUGCUCUUCUCUCUUUCCGUCAGUUCUUAGUGAUGCUGCUGACUUAUUGGGACUGGACUCCUUCCAGCUGUCUGAAGUUCUAACCCAAAGAUCAAUGAUCCUACGAGGAGAAGAGAUAAGCUCCCCUCUGACGGUGGAGCAGGUGAGGGUUAAAACCUCUUGUUUGUUAUUUGAAGUGAGCGAUUCUAGACUCUUUUAAUAUAGUUUGCCAGAUAAAAUGUAUCAGGAAUGAUCUGAAACCCCUAAUAUUUCUGGACCAAUUUGGGACUCCAGUGUCUUCGAUGAGGCUCAUCCAGUCUCACUCAUGUCUGCUAAAUGUGGCCCCGCUCUCAUAUACUGCACUUAGUGCCCCACUUUCUCUCAGUGUGUAACAGUCUGUGAUCACAUAAUCUCUAAUUAUUCUCUCCCUCCACAGGCGACAGACUCCAGAGAUUCCCUGUCUAUGGCUUUAUACGCCCAGUGUUUCUCUUGGCUAUUGGCAAAGAUCAAUGCUCGGAUCCGCGGGAAGGACAACUUCAAAUCUGUGGGGAUUCUGGAUAUAUUUGGCUUUGAGAAUUUCCAGGUAUUUUGUGUGCCACAAAGUAAUCAGAAAAAUAUAGUGAAACUGUACGUCCGCGUUUUUAGACGUCAGCCCGAAGUGAUUCCCAAAAGGCUGUGGACUUUAUUUUAGAUUAACUAUUUGUUGAUACUCUUUCUUCAAAUAUUUUGCUUUUUCUGUACUGAUUGAACUUUUUUAUAACCAGAUUAGUGUACGUGUGAACUGUUGGGGAUUCAAAGUAAAUUUCACAUUUUCAAUUAUUUCAAAAUAGCCAAACUGGAAAAAUGUAAAAUUUACUUUGAAUUUCUGAUAGUUCAUCGCUUAGUGAUUAGCCCAGUAAGUUUGUUUCAGCCUGGGCUUGGAUGCUAAAAUCAGGGAACGUCUCUGAGUUCCUAAAGAAAUGCUGCACAGUCCUGAAACCUGCAGGGAACGUAUCUACUUUUAUUUCCUAGUGAAAUCUUACAGACAUACCUUUUGGGUUUCUUUACUUCAAUAAGCAGAAAAAUUAGAACUCAGUCAGGUAGAUAUUUUUAAAUCUAUUUACUAAUGGGUUGCACCAAGCACCAUGUACUUUCUCAAAUGGUCAUGGUGCCUGGAAUCUGAAUGUGCAGCCGCUGCACAUAGUGUUUAACCUCUCAACUGCCAGAGGUGUAACUUUUGGCUGGAGUGUCAUUAUCCAGGCAGUAGAACAAGAGCCAAUGAUUGCACCCCACCCCCCUCUGUGCCGACCAUGUUCUCCCCACAUUCUUCUGCCCCUGACAUCCAUCCCCAUCCAGUGAGAGAGACCGCAUAGGAGGGUUGGGGUGAGGCUUGUUAAAACGUGUUUAUUUUGUAUUUAAUUUUCCUUAUAGAUAUUUUCUUUCUAGGGCAAAAGGUGGAACACUUUAUUAAACUCUCUACUCUUUUGUGUAGCGUAGAAUGCGUUCGUCAUGACAGUCUCCUUAAAUGAGACCCUUUGCCGUCCUAAAGCAGUGAUGGUCCACAUUCGGCUUGCAUUUGCCCCAUUUGUGGACUACAGUUCUCUUGAUGCCAAAACCUGCUUGCCCUAAAAUAGAUUUUUUAGCAUUUGUUUCAUUUUGAAACUAAAGUGAGGACAGAGUUUAUUACAAAAAGACAAAGACUAGGAGUAAGGGACAUUUUAAAGAAUUCCGUUUAGUAAAAUUCUUUACUAAUACAAUUUAGUAAAAUCUAAAAAUGAAAUCCCAAUCCCUAUUACCUGCACAUAUUUGCUAACUCUUUGUCUGCCUGAAUAUGUUCCAAUUGUUGACUCGUCCUAGUUGUAAUUAUCUGUUAACUCUGUAAACGUAUAAACACAGAAUUUUUGAGGAAAUUAAUAGGCAAAUCUGGAACAACCUAUGAAAUUGCGCAAUUGACCGCCAGUUGCAGGGAUUGUAGGAAAUGUCGUUUUACGCAGUUCCCUCCAUCUUUUUUGUAAUUUGCUGCUUAUAACCCAUUGUAAUAUUGUAAAGCAUUGUGGAAAGUGUUAGCACUGUCUCACUGGUAAUUUUCUCAAUGUAUUUUGUUUUUCCCAGGUGAAUCGAUUUGAGCAAUUUAACAUUAACUACGCCAAUGAGAAACUACAGGAAUAUUUCAACAAGCAUAUUUUCUCUUUGGAGCAGCUGGAAUAUAACAGGUAGGAGUUAGGAGGAAGGUGUAUUUCAAUUAGUGAAAAUAUUUAUGGGAACACAUUCAUGUCAAGCGCAAAAUUGCAACUGAAACCAUACUGAGAGGCGGAUAGCCCAAAUGUAAUCUGUAUGAAAUUUGUAUAUCUUAUUAACGGGAAGGAACAAAUUAUCUUGAGGUAACCGCGUGAAUGAGACUGGAAUCUACUAAAUAAGUAUUGUUGUACAUUCAGCUUUAGAGGGACUCGGGAAGGUGGGCCACAAAAAAGUCUGCCACGUAUAGCCCCCAGGCUUUGUGCUCUUAAAGAGGAUUAUGUAACCUGUUAAAAUUAAACAUUACUGCCUAACGUUCUCACACAACAUCACAUUAUGUAACUCGGGGAGGGGGAGGCUUCAAACCUCACUUUCGGCAUAGGAUCCUGCUAUAAAACACUGCGGCAAGUGAUAAGUACAGAAAAAGCAGAAUGGUGCCCCCUGCUGUUGAAAGAGAAGAAAUUGUAAUUUAAUGGAUUUAAUUAAGAUCACCUGUGUUAUAUCUGAAAAUAUUUGGAAAUGGUUAUUUCUCAUGAUUUAUGUUUUUAUUAGCAGCAGAUACCGAGUGAAAAUAAAGCAUUUCUCCUAUUUUGCCAUUGACCACUUUCAUUGUCUGAAUGUUGCCUCUAUAACUUUAAUUUUGUCUUUGGAAUUCAGGGAGGGCAUAAACUGGGAAGCUAUUGACUGGAUGGACAAUGCUGAAUGCUUGGAUCUCGUCGAGAAGGUGAGGUCUUUUCUAUUUGCGGGAAAGUGCUGAAUGGGUCAUUAGAACAAAUUGAAGUUUGCUGGUUAGUGUGAGUUAUUUACGUUCAGUAUUGCAUUAUUGAACUUUCUCUGUAUUGGAAUAAUGCCGAAACACAGGCAGAGUGAUCAAUCCGCUAAGUAAUUUGCUGAUGUAUGAGGUUUGCUGGAAUCCAGUGGUGUUUAUGAUGAUGUGGGUGAUGGUUCUUUGAGAGGAGAAUCCGUUAGUUGUAGGAGGAUGUGGGUCAUGGUUCGUUAAGGGAAGGGGGAUUAAUCUCUAUAUUAGGUUCUCGUUAACUCUUCUCUCUUUCUUUCUAUGUAGAAACUUGGGCUGCUUGCUCUGAUCAAUGAAGAAAGUCGUUUCCCAAAAGGCACAGACUUCACACUGCUUGAAAAACUCAACGUUCAGCAUGCUGUAAGGAUCAUCGUUAAUAUUUUAACAUUUUUAAUAUGUGCGCCCUUUAAUGGUUGUGUUUCAUCUACAGAAAUCCAGAACCCACAGUUAUAGCUUAUGGAUAGUUUUUUCAGUAUGUUGUUAAAGAUUGCCUAUCCCUGACCUAGAACAAUGAUGCGUUAGCCUUGGCACCCUGAGUCUCUGAAUGUAAUUUCCCAAAAUGUUACGUUGUUGAAGGUUGGGCAUCUCUCCUUCAGAAUUUCUGCUUCUCGUUUUUCAAUUCUGAUCAAUGUCCAUCAUUGGGUUCCAUGGAGCUGAUCAACGCUUAAGUGGUGAUUGAGAAAUUGUUGCCCAUGUCACAGACUGACGCACUCCUUGAAUUUGGAUAAACCAUGCCUGCUCAAACAUUAAUUCUGUAAACAGAAUGUCAGUCUAACAUAUGUAUCUCCUAUGGUAUCAUUCCAGAAUUAAAUGCACAGAUCUUUUGUGUAAACAGAAAAAAGGAUACGGGUAGCACCAAAAUAAAUACAAUAUUGUGGUAAAUAAUAAAAAAGGUACCAAGUAAAAGAUAAAAAUGUCCUUUUGAGGUUAUAAAAAUCUUCAAAUGUUGAAUAAGAUGUCUCCGGAGUGGUAUCGCACAUCAAUGGCAUAUGCAAAAGAUAAAACAGGAGACCAAUUGUGCAGUAUUGGUACUUUAUUUUUAUUAUUAACCACAAUAUUUUAUGUAUUUUGGCGCUACCUGUAUCCUUUGUUCUGUUUGUUCAAUUUAUCCUUGAAGGUUUUGAGGGUUACCUUCCUGUUCAGGUGUGCAUCCUCCUUGUGAUCAGUCAUUGUACAGCUGUUCCACCCUUGCUUUUUGUGUGUCUGUUUUUUGUUCUAAUUUGUUUGUGUACCCCUUUCCCCCAUGUAUUUCCCAGAAUAAUCCGCAUUUCGUGAAACCACGUGUUACUGAGAACCAGUUUGGAAUCAAGCACUAUGCCGGGGAGGUGAGUUACUGCAAGGCAGAUUGUCCACCUCCAACUUCCCUCCUAGCAUUCAAAUAGAAUCCAUUAUCCAAAUAUCUGUAAUAUUAACAGAGGAAUGGAUUGGUGUGCAGUUGGUAUUAUUAUUAUUAUUAUUAUGUUAUUAUUUAUAGAGCGCCGUCAAAUUCCGCAGCGCUUUACAAUGGGUGGACGAACAGACAUGUAGUGGUAACCAGACAAGUUGGACACACAGGAACAGAGGGGUUGAGGGCCCUGCUCAAUGAGCUUACACGCUAGAGGGAGUGGGGUAAAAUGACACAAAAGGUAAGGAUAGUAUUAGACUAGUGACAGUUGCAGAAGAGGAAUCAGUCAGGAGCUAUUAACAGUUUAAGUGAUACGCUUUUAUGAAGAAGUGGGUUUUUAACGAUUUUUUGAAGGAGUGGAGACUGGGUGAGCAUCUAAAGGAGGAGGGAAGCGAGUUCCACAGGAACGGUGCAGCCCUCGAGAAAUCUUGAAGGCGAGCAUCAGAGGUGGGAGUACGGACAGAAGAUAGACGUAAGUCUUCAGCAGAUCGUAAGGGCCUAGACGGGACAUACUUGUGUAUAAGGGAGGAUAGAUAGGUGGGAACAGCAUUAUGUAGAGAUUUGAAAGCAAGAACCAGAAUUUUAAAUUGAGCUCUAUAUUUUAUAGGAAGCCAAUGUAGGGACUGACAGAAGGGUGAGGCAUGGGAGGUGCGGGCGGACAGGAAGAUGAGCCUCGCCGCCGCAUUCAUUAUGGACUGUAACGGCGCUAGUUGGGAGCACGUAAGACCACUGAGAAGCGGAUCACAGUAGUCAAGGCGAGAAAGGACAGUGGAAUGGACCAACACCUUAGUCGCAUCUGGCGUUAAGUAGGGGCGGUUGCGCGCAAUGUUUUUGAGAUGGAAAUGACAGGAUUUGGCGAUAGAUUGAACAUGAGGCUUGAAGGAGAGGUUGGAGGGAGACAGACACGGAGUAACAACACUUGAGGGAGGAAAGACCAGAAUUUCAGUUUUGGUCAAAUUUAGUUUAAGGAAGUGGGCAGCCAUCCAGUUAGAAACUGCAGAGAGGCAGUCAGAGACACUAGUCAAGAGGGACGGGGAGAGAUCAGGAGAGGACAGGUAGAUUUGCUUGUCAUCUGCAUAGAAAUGAUAUUGGAAGCCAAAGGAGCUAAUGAGUUUACCAAGGGAGGCAGUAUAGAUGGAGAACAGUAGGGGACCAAGGACUGAACCUUGGGGGACACCAACAGAAAGGAGUUGGGGAGAAGAAGCAGAGCCAGAGAAAGAAACACUGAAAGAGUGCUGGGAGAGGUAGGAGGAGCACCAGGAGAGAGCAAUAUCUUGUAGACCGAUAUUACGGAGGAUGAGAAGAAGCUGUUGAUGAUCAACAGUGUCAAAAGCCGCAGACAGGUCAAGGAGAAUUAGGAUAGAGUAGUGACCACGAGAUUUUGCAGCGAGUAGAUCAUUGGAUACUUUGGUCAGUGCCAUUUCCACAGAGUGCUUAGCGCGGAAACCAGACUGAAGCGGGUCUAGCAUAGAGUUGGACUCGAGGAAGUCUGUCAAUCUUGCAUACACAAUGGUACACACAUAUUAGAGACAUUUUAUGUCAAUCACUAUCCCGGCAGGUAAUGUUAAUUUGUAAAAUGCCUCCUGUUUAGUGUUGUAGAAUACUGGUGUUUAAAUGGAAGUUUGUGUAACUACACACUAACAUGCUCACUGUGAGCCUCUGUUCUCAAUUCAGGUCAUGUAUGAUGUGCAAGGAUUUCUGGAGAAGAAUAGGGACACGUUCAGAGAUGACAUAUUAAACCUGUUAAGAGACAGCAGGUGAGUCAAAAAUGAAAUGAUUGGUAAGAAGUACCCUGGGUGGGAAAGGGGUAAUCUCUUACCUUGGGGGACAUAACUGAAAACCAGAGAAACGUAAAAGCGUCCUUCCUGGUAGAAUCCAUUGGAUAUAUACAGCAUGAAUUCACUGCAUUAACGCUGGACGUGACUAGAGUGAUGGUGAAAUCCAACUCACACUCACACUCUCAUCUCACUCCUUUCUCCAAGCCUCCCACCCAAACACUUAAGUCCAGAGAAUUGGAUAUGACUGGAGUCCAAGGUUUGGUGUUUGAACUUGAAACCCUGCUCAAGAGCAAAUUUAAUUGCAUCUAAGUUUGUUUUUCCACAGGCUGUUUGAUCGCUUGAAGUAUAAUUUAUCAGCUUGACAGGUUGAGCAUGUCUAUAAGUGACAUUAUUUCAGAUUAUUCUUAAAUGCUUUUGGAGUAUUCUGCCUACAUUAUUCAAAGAGCAGAUUUCUAUUCAUAUAUCAGUGAAUUGAAUAAUCUUAUAUAAAAUGAUUGCUGUGAAAUGCUCUUUGAUUUAUUAUUUUGGGCUGUGUUCUGCAGCAUGGGUUUUAAUUCACCACAAUGUUCUGAAUCAUUGUGAAUCCAUUGUGAAACGUGGUUUCAUUCAUUCAUUUUUGGUGUAACCGCGUUCAGGAUGUUUCCAUUCACCUAUUUGAUUGUUCUGAAUUUUAAAGAUUUUUUUUUUCCAGCUAUUUGUACGUUCUAUUGAAAUAACCAUUUUACAAGGUGUAUACUGUUUAGUAUAUACUCUUUCGAAAAGCUAAAUAUUCCAGGACAGAUUGUGAGUAAUACUGCGUAAAACGCAACAAUACUGAAGUAUUAUUUUUUUAAAUACAGCUACUCUAGGAGGUUAGUUUUUGUCCACAAAGAAAACCAGGAUUAUUUUUUUUUAUUUGUUUUGUUUUAAUGUAUUUUUCUCUGUCCAGCUGUUAAAAUACAUAGAGAAGAAUAUUAGCUGAUUAAAAUGUUCCGGACCAAGUUGCAGGUAAUGCUUGGACAUAUUACACAAAUUAAUAGUCCCAUUAAGCCAGGACUAGCCAGAAUAAACCCCCCAGCUGUAGGAGAACACUAGAUAAAGUGUGGUGGGGGGGAGGUCACCUUUCAGUCAAACCAAAUUGAAGUGGUUCCAGUCAAUUUACACAUGUGCCGUGCGUGAUAAUGGUUCCAUAAGAUCGGAUACUGUAUCAAGGAUUUUGUUAAUCUCCUCCUGUUUCUCUGUGUGCUAGAUUGGAUUUCAUCUAUGAUCUGUUUGAAAAAGUCUGCAGUAGAAGUAGCGAGGAGACUCUCAAAAUGGGAACCCAGAGAAAGAAGCCAACCGUCAGCUCUCAGUUUAGGGUAGGUUGUCAAAAUAAGACCGUAUGUACCAACAUGUACCUUUAUGUGAGCAGCAUCACUCGGCAAACUGUCAACAAACCUCUCGAUACCAUGUUAUCUGUAGCAGUGAUCGCACAGAACAAGCUGUAUAGAUGUUUAAUCUCACGACUGAGCCCAUUGUAGAACAGUUGGAUACGUGCCAAUUAAGACUGGUGCUAGCGUAUCCCCCGAUAUUAUAAUAAUGAGCAUGCAACCAAUAGAUUAUAUACAAAGGUCUGCUGUUAUCAUGCUGAAUCAGUUCAUUCUUCCCCUGCCAUUGCUUCAUUUGAACCCUCCAACAGUUUUAACGUCAAUACCCAAGCAAAAAUAAAAAAAUAAACCAAACCUCAAAACAUAAUCUAUUAUAAAUUUUUAUUUGUGAUAGUUUGGUAUAUUCCUCACAGCUUUACAAUAAGGAAAUAAAUCCCACGGUUUUCGGUACCCAAUACCUUUCCCAAUAGCCAAGAGUUAUCACUGUAAUAGUGUUGUGAUACAUUGUACCCACCUAACCAGCACAGAUAUGUAGAGAUUGCUUUCACCAGGAAUUGUGGGGUGUGGAGAUGCAAUGACAGAUCUAAAGAGAAGAUUACUAUAACAUUCAAUAUAAAUAUAUGUUUUUACAAUUUCUCUAGUUCUGUACAUUUUAUACAUUUCCUCAAACAAAUCUUAAUGGCCCACUGCUCAGAAAAUAUGACUCAAAUGCUGAUUUCAUGUGUGUAUCCCUAGGAAUCACUUCACUCACUUAUGGCCAUGCUCAACACGUCCAACCCGUUCUUCAUCCGCUGUAUAAAGCCCAACACUGAUAAGGUGAGUAGGGGCUGGUAAUACUGACCUCGCCAGUUCUGGAAAAUUUGUUUUACGCUAUUCUUUCAUGGGAUCUUAUCAGAAUUGUCAUGAAAAGAUAGAAUAUAAGACAUUGUUGGUGUGGGCUAUAGGAGUUGAGGGAGCUGCAUUAAGUGUGCUACUCUGGUAGUGUGGGUUACAGGAGGUGGGGAGAGUUUCAGUGAGCAUGCUGCUUAGUUGGUGGGUUAUAGGAGGUGUGGGGAGCUGCAGUGAGGGUGCUGCUCAGCUUGUGUGGGUUAUAGAGGGUGUGGGGAGCUGCAGUGAGCAUGCAGCUCAGGUAGUGUGGGUUAUAGAGGGUGUGGGGAGCUGCAGUGAGCAUGCUCCUCAGGUAGUGUGGGUUAUAGGAGGUGUGGGGAGCUGCAGUGAGAGUGCUGCUCAGGUAGUGUGGGUUAUAGGAGGCGGGGGGGAGCUGCAGUGAGGGUGCUGCUCAGGUAGUGUGGGUUAUAGAGGGUGUGGGGAGCUGCAGUGAGUGUGCUGCUCAGGUAGUGUGGGUUAUAGGAGGCGGGGGGAGCUGCAAUGAUCAUGCUGUUCAGGUAGUUUGGGUUAUAGAGGGUGUGGGGAGAUGGUAUCUGGUUGUGCUGUUCAGGUAGUGUGGGUUAUAGGAGGUGUGGGGAGCUGCAGUGAGUGUGCUGCUCAGGUAGUGUGGGUUAUAGGAGGUGUGGGGAACUGCAGUGAGUGCUGCUCAGGUAGUGUGGGUUAUAGGAGGUGUGGGGAGCUGCAGUGAGUGUGCUGCUCAGGUAGUGUGGGUUAUAGGAGGUGUGGGGAGCUGCAGUGAGUGUGCUGCUCAGGUAGUGUGGGUUAUAGGAGGUGUGGGGAGCUGCAGUGAGUGUGCUGCUCAGGUAGUGUGUGUUAUAGGAGGUGUGGGGAGCUGCAGUGAGUGUGCUGCUCAGGUAGUGUGGGUUAUAGGAGGUGUGGGGAGCUGCAGUGAGCGUGCUGCUCAGGUAGUGUGGGUUAUAGGAGGUGUGGGGAGCUGCAGUGAGUGUGCUGCUCAGGUAGUGUGUGUUAUAGGAGGUGUGGGGAGCUGCAGUGUGCUGCUCAGGUAGUGUGUUGCUCAGGUAGUGUGUGUUAUAGGAGGUGUGGGAGCUGCAGUGAGCGUGUGCUCUGCUGCAGUGAGUGUGCUGCUCAGGUAGUGUGUGUUAUAGGAGGUGUGGGGAGCUGUAGUGAGUGUGUUGCUCAGGUAGUGUGUGUUAUAGGAGGUGUGGGGAGCUGCAAUGAGUGUGCUGCUCAGGUAGUGUGUGUGAUAGGAGGUGUGGGGAGCUGCAGUGAGCGUGCUGCUCAGGUAGUGUGGGUUAUAGGAGGUGUGGGGAGCUGCAGUGAGCCUGCUGCUCAGGUAGUGUGGGUUAUAGGAGGUGUGAGGAGCUACAGUGAGCCUGCUGCUCAGGUAGUGUGGGUUAUAGGAGGUGUGGGGAGCUGCAGUGAGUGUGCUGCUCAGGUAGUGUGGGUUAUAGGAGGUGUGGGGAGAUGGUAUCUGGUUGUGUUGCUCACACCUCCUAAACUGCCCGGGUAAUGAGGCUGUGUCUAGAUUCAGCUUAUUUAUUUGUAGGAUAAAGUGACAGAUGUAAAUAAAAAAAAAAAAAAAAUUCUGUUUUGUGUUAACUUGUAUUAAUGUUAAUGGAUUAUCUCUUCUUUCUCUAUAUAACAUCCUUUUCUUUCUCAGCUCCCAAACACAUUUAACCCUGACGUGGUAUUGAACCAGCUGCGAUACUCUGGAAUGCUGGAGACGGUUAAGAUCAGGAGAGCUGGCUUUCCUGUACGUAGACAAUACCAGGAUUUCAUAACCAGGUAAAGUGUCUCUGUACGUACAGAUAUCAUGUGUGAUUGUGCACUGUGACCUUUGUGAAUCAGCAAAUACAGAGAUCCUGUGUCACCUGCAGCUGCUUCAUCAGUAGAAUGAAUGAAUGUGUUCAGGGCAGGCCUUAGGCCAUUAGGCGCCAUGUGUGAAAAGUCUUCACGGCUGCCGUGAUUUUUUAUUUUUUUUUGAAUCGGGUGGAGAAUAAUUAAUCCUCCAUCCGUGUACUUGUUUUAGCUCCCCUGACACCGGCCAUGUGCGAACUGUGUUGGCCACAUGGCGCCCCCUGGUCCAUGGCGCCCUGUGCGGCCGCACAGCUUGCACACCCUUAAGGCCGGCUUUCCCAGGUCCCUGUCUGAAUCACAAUAUUCACUGGCUGAUGUGAAGUCACAUCUGCACUAUACACACUAUAUUCUGCACUAUACACACUAUAUUCUGCACUAUACACAUACAUAAAUUGUGCCCAUUGGUGUCUGUAGUCUGGGGAAAGUGGGCUCUUGUCCCCUUUUUUAUUUUUACUAAAAUUGAUAAGGAAAACGAAUGCUGAAAUAUGAAACCAUGGAUUCAACAAUUAAGCAUCAAAAUGUGGAAAAAAAAAAAGCCUUAAAUCUGUGCUGCUAUGGGGAUAUUAUCAGAGGGUUGAGGGUUUUAGCACGUUGAAGUCUUUUUCAAGGGCAUUGCAUAUGUUACAUUAAAAUAACUGAAUUAAAGAUAAGGUUUUGUCAUAACUCUAUUAUUUUGGCCUCACGUUUGCUGUUGCCUUUUUACCACUUCAUCUGCACUUCUUCUGUUUUGAAUAUUUGUAACAUUGUCAAUAACUAGGUAAACCUAGGAAAUUUUAUUGUGUUGUUAUUUAACUGUAUUUAAAAAUAAAUGUUAAAUAUUUGGCACAAUAUUUCUAUUUUAGCAGUUAUUUGUCUUGCAAACCAAGUGAUCGUUAAAAGGGUUAAUAGUUGUCCAUGAUAGAUAAAACUAUUCAUCUUCGUUCUUUUUCCGAACAGCUGUUACGUGCGAUCUGGCUGCAUUCUUCAAUUUCCAGUUCAUUUUCCCCCAUUGCAAAUUUCCAAAAAUAAAUCUGCUUUAUUCACUAAACAGUGAAUUAAAAACUGGAUUUGGGCCAAAAUAGCUGGUUUGGGAAUGUUUCUACAACUCUGCUAUAGUCACAGUUUGUUUAUUUUAGCAUUAAUUUAGCAGUUUGAUGUACAAUUUACCAUAGCUCGCAGUUUAGUGAAAUGGAGCUGAUUUUAUUUUUGGAAAUGCAUUAAGGGGGGAAGGAUUUCCUAACAAACGUAUUACAGUAACCUUACCAUUCUACAUGGGACUCCUGGUUCCUUAAACAUGCAUCACUAUUUUAUUUAUUUAUUUAUUUAUUUAAAAUGUUUUUAACUCUCGUUCUGCUCUAAAACUUUUGGUGCUGCAAUUUUUGUUUUUAAAUAGUAACUCAUUCUUUCUCCCCCGAGGAGCUAUAAUUCCAGAGCAAAUGCGUAUUCUCCCCACUACCUGUUCAUACUUUUGGCCUUGCUUUUACUAUACCUGCAACCCCUCCUUACCCCCACCCCUUCAGAUUUUGUACCACCUCCCUUUAAAAAAACAAAGUUGAAGCGCUGAUCUGAACUCCGGCCUAAUUUUUAAAAUGUAUUUAUUAUAUUUUUUUAUUUAUUUGAAAUGUGUUGCUUUUCCUGCAGGUACAGGAUGUUACUGAAGAAUAUUGGUGCUGAAGGUGACAUGCGCGGAAGAUGUGCUGCUUUCCUUCAGUCUCUUGAUGCCGCGAAGGAGUGGCAGCUUGGUAAAACGAAGGUAAAUCCUAAUACUGUGUCUCAAAUUUAUCUGUCUGCUCUAGUAGCUUUUAUCCGAAACAAGAUGUUAAAAAUACAGCAUUCGAUCCAUCAAUGUUUCUGUGCCUAUUGCACACAGUGUACCUCCUUUAUUCUAGAUUCCUGCUCUCGCUGUGCCUAGUACUGCACAAUAUGUACCUUCUUCCUCUAGAUUUCAUGCUCUUAGAACCCAUUGCGGCCAAUUACCUACCUCUCCUCUAUAGAUUCCAGGUCUCUUGAUUGUACAAAUGUUGUGCCUUUUCUAGUUCCAUCGAGCAUAUGGUGUCCUUUGUUUCAGUUUCUAUGGGAACGUGUGAAAUUUGUGUAUUGUGCAGGUGUUGAGGUGUUUUUCUUAUCUAAUUUUUUUAAUUUUUUUUUUAAAUAUUCUGAUUGAAAUAUCCAUCUAUUGAUUUAUAUUGUUUCUGUACCUGGAGAGUAAUACAAUUUUAUUUUGAGCUCCAUAAUAAUACAUAUGCAAUGUUGCAACUAAGUAGCAAAUAAAAAUUGAUGGCUCAGACCCGUCUGAAACCAGUUAUUGGAUUGCAUUCUGUCUAGCCCACAAAGGGUUAAACAUUUUGGUUUUGGCAACAUCUAGGAUCCUUUUAAACAUUUUUAGUAUAAUGGAGAAAUGGCCUGAAUUAAGGAUCUUUGAUAAGAAAGUCCUGUUGGGCUGAAAAGACCCCAGGAUCUGGCUACCCUUCAAUGCUCGUGCCUCUGCUGUUUCGAUAAGUGGGCGAUAAGGUGAGAGAUGGAACGUAAGUGCCAGGCAGGGUGACAUCAGAUGGAUGUGGAGUGUGACGGGAGGUGAGGAUCGUGCCCUUACUUGGCUGACACAUGCCAGGGAAUAAUAGAGAAAGGAGUUGGUGGCGAUCUGCCAAGCGUGGCUGAAUACACAGACGCAUUGUGUUCUGGGCCUGCUGGAUGGUGUCACAAGCGGAGUGCCCAAGGCUAGUCAGAGAGAGAGAGAGCGCCUCUUUGUUCUCCUCAAGGUCAGAGGCAGCUUUCUGUAUCGAAUCUAUGUAAGAUCUGUUACUGUCUGGCAGCUUUGGCUGACAAAUGGCUCUCUGUGAGUACUGAGAUGUGUUAUCACGCUUAAUAUUGAUCUUAAAUUGCAUUAUACUCUGUCUGCACUAACACCUUUCUGUUAGUCGUUUACUUUUCCUACUCUACAAAAAAAAAUUUAAGCAAGCACGUGUAGAACAGCCUCAUGAUGACUCAAUCAAUGGGCUUGACACAUUUCACCAAGUCAUGGAAGUCCGGGAGAAAAAAAACAUAAUAAAAGCAUGAAAUUCAGGGAUCUAAUAUUUAAAUCCUAUUGAUCCAAUUAGAGAUCUGACUGCCGUUCUGGGUCGGGAAGGAUUUUAUUUUUCGAGUUUGUUGCAGAAUUGGAAGUGCUUCAAACUGGGUUUUAUUCCUGGUUUUGGAUCAACAGCACAAACCGAUGUAAGAGAGGCUGGACUUGAUGGACGCAUGUCUCUUCAGCCUAAGUAACGGUUUCAUUAAGAAGGGGUGCACACAAUUCUUUGCCAUAUUUAUUCAAACACAGAAUACAUAAUUGGUCACACAUAGCUAAUUUAAACAAACUAUCAAACAUUCCAAACUAGCCAUGCUUUCUCACACAUACCUUGUAUAGCCAUACAUUCUAAACUAGCCACUCUCACACAUACCUUGUAUAGCCAUACAUUCUAAACUAGCCACUCUCACACAUACCUUGUAUAGCCAUACAUUCUAAACUAGCCACUCUCACACAUACCUUGUAUAGCCAUACAUUCUAAACUGGCCACUCUCACACAUACCUUGUGUAGCCAUACAUGCUAAACUAGCCACUUGCACACCUAUCUAGCCACUCGCACACCUAUCUAGCCACUCGCACACCUAUCUAACUAGCCACUCGCACACCUAUCUGACUAGCCACUCGCACACCUAUUUAAGGAACACUGCUUGUGCGUACACGCAUUACUAGCCACUCACACACCUAUCUUACUAGCCACUCACACACCUAUCUAGCCACUCACAUACAUAUCUAACUAGCUACUUACACACAUAAUGAGAACACUGCUUGUGUGUACACACAUAACUAGCCAAUCACACACCUAUCUUACUAGCCAAUCACACACCUAUCUGACUAGCUACUCACACACCUAUCUGACUAGCCACUCACACACCUAUCUAACAAGCUACUCACACACCUAUUUAAAGAACACUGCUUGUGCGUACACUCAUAACUAGCCACUCACACCCAUCUAGUUGGCUUUAUACAUAUACUCACUAGCAAUUAAAUGAUUAUCCCCCUACUCUAUAACUGCUGUUCUGCUUGUACGGUGGAGUAAAUUGGGAUGAGAGUGUCCAGUGGGGGGAGUAGGCUGUCUCUGCAUGUUUUUUCUGUAGUGAUAACAUCCGGUCCCCCUGCACACACCUCCACGUGUACAUAGUUAUAGAGUUCAUACAAACCUAAUCCUGUAUAUCACGUGCGACUGCAGUAGAGUCCUGAAGCUGUCUCUGCCACUGAUGCAGCAGAGACAUCUUAUCCUUGCAGCCUCUGGGCCUUGCAUCGGGGACAACUUGGUCUACCCCACCUGGUGCUUGCAUUCAGGGAAAACAUUAAAGCUGCUGAUUACCAUGAAGGUGGUGCACUGGUGGCAAACUUGCCAACCCGUUUUGCUGGUUUUACUGUAGCUAGUGUUGUUUUACUACGGCUGCUUAUUUUCCUGGUGGUAAAACACCUGUCUGUGUCCAGGUAUCACUCACCCACAUACCUUUAUUUGUUAACUGCUGUCAGCUCUGUUCUAAUCUACCCACGGUGUGUUCUAAUGCCAGCCUAGCUGUAGGCCCCCAAUAUGGCUGGCAUUGCCUGUGCAGUAAUAAUGCAUGUUUCGAGGUGGCUUGUCCCACUGCGUUACUGGAACCUGUUCUUUGGUGGUCACUUUGCCUACUUUCAGCUUCAUGUGCUCUCACUCCCGUCGAUUGUUUGUGAACGGAAGGAACAGCUUCUGGAAGGAAGCUGGAGGACGGGGGAUUCUUUGUUAUGUUUCUAUACCAAAUUAAACAGCUGCCGUGGCUGUUGGUGUACAGGAGCAUGGGCCGCUUCCCAGCCAGUAAGGGUGUAUGAUGGUUUGUGUCCUUGAACUGUUUGCUCAUCGGUCUUGUUUUUACGGUCCCUUUACUCCUGUAUCUCUCUGUAUUAACUGCCUCCGGUAUGAAGCUUGUUAUGUGGAGUCCCAGCGGUGGAUUUAAUAUUUCUUUCCUUCCUGUAUGUUUUUCUUGUGCAAUUAACCCCUAACCUCCCUUACCCCAUACACUGUCUGUCUGUAAAUCAGCAUUUCUUUGUCAAGUACUCUCUCACGCUGUAACCUUAUUUUAUUUUGUUGCAUGUUAUGGCUGUCCCCUUUACAAUGCUGUUAUAUCUUUCUACAAAUUCAUUUUUACACCGCUUUUGUUUCGCUAUCAUCCCAUAUAAAACCAUAUGCUUCUCUCCCGUCCUGUAAGUGUAUGGAAGUGUAUUAUCUGGUGGCUAUUACACUAUGGUGUGUGUAUGUAAUGUGUGUGCCCUUCAUGUAAUAUGUAACAUUCUGCAUAUGUGUGCUCUGCAUGUAUUCUGAGUGUGUGUACCAUUAUGUGUAUGUGCUCUGCAUGUAUUAUGUACCAUUCUGUGUGUGUGCCCUUCAUGUAGUAUGUACCAUUCUGUGUGUGUGCCCUUUAUGUAGUAUUAACCAUUCUGCGUGCGUGUGUGUGUGCCCUUAAUGUAGUAUGUACCAUUCUGUGUGUGUGCCCUUCAUGUAAUAUGUACCAUUCUGCAUGUGUGUGCCCUUCAUGUAGUAUGCACCAUUCUGCCUGUGUGUGUGCCCUGCAUGUAGAAUGCACCAUUCUGCCUGUGUGUGUGCCCUGCAUGUAGUAUGCACCACUCUGCGUGGUGUGUGUGCCCUUUAUGUAGUAUUUACCAUUCUGCGUGUGUGCGUAGUGUGUGUGCCCUUAAUGUAGUAUAUGCCAUUCUGUAUCUAUGUGUGUGCCCUUCAUGUAGUAUGUACCAUCCUGUGUGUGUGCCCUUCAUGUAGUAUGUACCAUUUUGUGUGUGUGCCCCUUUUCUGACAUCUCUGCCAUGAAUCUUGCGCUUUCUGUAUGUGUCCUGUGUUUAUUUCGGUGCACACUGUCUGCUUGUGACUUUGUCUACUGUCCUCCAGUCUUUAUAAAACUCCUCCCAAUAGAUCCCGUCUCAGUCCCCUCCCUGUAAUCAGUCCCAGCUGCCAAGAGACUGGUGCAUGACAAGCUCUUAUCCAAACUCCUUCCAGCAUGUCCUGUGGGUAAUAAAGGGACAUGCAGUGAAUUCCACCUUACCGGCUCCCCUAAUCUACCUGCCACAUGGCUCCUAUACACCAUCUUUCUACACCCACAGGUGUUCCUCAAAGAAGCAUUGGAGCAGAAACUGGAGAAAAGCCGUGAUCAGGAUAUAAAGAGAGCGGCUUUGCUGAUUCGAGCUUACAUCCAGGGAUAUAUUGCAAGGUAACCAAAAAAGAAUGGUUUGCAAACAGUUUUAUUUAUUGAUUGAUUUUCAUUGAUCACCAACUUUUUCUGCAGCUCUGUACAUUAACAAAGAGUGGAUGCUGUAAUAUAUAAUUAGACAAACUGAUCCAGUAAAAAGAGUUCUGCCUGCGAAUGUAGCAACUAUAACACUUUAUAAAUGGGAGACUGCAAUGUAACCAUAAACCUUAUCAGAUCACUGCGUUCUGUGCUGCUUGAAAUCUGUAACCUUUUUAUAAAUGUUUUUCAACCAUUGUUUAAGCAUGCUGGGUGUUGCACUCCACACAUUCUGCAAUGCUGGAUUUGCCCUAUCUGUAUUUGGGGGUAAAAUCCAUAGAUUUAGCACAGCUUGGCAAACAUGGACCAAAAUGUUGACAUGUGGCCGGGCUGUGGCUUGUGCCCUCCCCUGUAGGUGGCCGUGUGUCAGGGACAGCAAUACAUUGUUAACCAGUCGCGAGUGUGACUGGUGUAUAAGAGGAUGUUUGAGAACAGAGACAGGAAAAAAGUAUUGUGUGUCGCUUUUCUUUCUUUCUUUCUUUCUUGUCUAUAUAAGAAAACAUUUUAACCCUUUCCAUGUCAGAGGCAGUGGAAACACAACGAGCUGGUUAAUUAUUAUUUAACUCCUGAAUGUCUGCACCUGUUGUGGCUUGGGCACGUGACUUUCCAGCAGAUGCAGCGACCAUUAGCACUACAUAAACACAUACCACAAAGCAAGCUGCUAGACGUCUGUGCCUUGCGUCUCCAGAUCUACAUUUUAACCCUUUAGCUCAAAUUCAUCCCUUUCGUCACAUGGUACUAGUAUCUUAUUCUAAAGGGCUGGUCAUCUGGUGGUCAUGAUUGCCUGAGAGAAGUGUGUGUGUGUGUUUAAUUUUUAAAAAUUUUUUUUUUACUCCCAUUUUCAAUCAGUCAGCAUUAUGAACUUGUCAGUAAAUGGAACAGUCAGUACAUCUGCUAAUGGUAACCUGUUACAUAUUAGCCCCCAACACAACAAUAGAUGAAAAAUCCCACCAGAUUUAUUGAGGUCCUCACAGCAAGCUGAACGGUCUGUGAAACUAUGUAAAUGUUGAGCAACUUUAUCAUUUUUAAGUAGUCUGAAAUCAAAGCCAUUUUCUUAAGAAUCCUUUUAGAUUCUGCUCUGGUAGCACUCAAUACUCUGAGGAUGUCUGUUUUAUGUUAAGAUCUGGAGAUACAGCAGUUUUGUGCAGAUCGAUGUGAUUCGGAGUGGCUGGUUUUCAGUACAGCUGUUUUUUUUCUAUUUUUAGUGGAUAUUUCUAUUUGGGUUCAGAGCACAGGAUACACGUUUAGGCAAAAGGGGGCUCUGGGGUCAACAAACAGGAUGUUGGAACAUUCAGUGCUUCUGAAGAAAAGCGUAUGGAGUAUUUUGCAGAAUAGGUGGUGAGAGUAUCAGAACUUUACCUGAAUGGUGAAGCAUGUGCAGUGCAAUGGGGUUACAGAGUACAUUAUCAGAGCUCAUGUGGGAAAGCAAUGCAAUCUAGUGGUUGCAAAGGAUUAUUAUCGCCAUUUAUAUAGCGCAAACAGAUUCCGUAGCGCUAAUUCAUGCUACAAUGCUGGUAAAAGCAAAAAACAUGGAACGUUAUGGGGCAGGCUGUUCGGGACAACAUGUAGAUACCUAAACUAUAGGAGUGGGAAAAUGUAACUUUGGUGGCAAACCGUGAUAAACGUGGAAGAAUGUAAGGCAGGCUGUGAUAGUAGAGGAAGGAAUGUAAGGCUAGUGUGGGGCAGGCAGUGGUAGUAUUGAGAUAAUGUAAGGCUAGUAAUGAGCUAAUGUAAGGUUAGUAGAGGGAAAAUGUAAGGCUAGUGUGGAACAGGCAGUGGUUUUCGUAGAAGAAUGCAAGGCUAGUGUGGGGCACGCAGGUUUAGUAGAGGGAAAAUUUAAAGGGAUGCUGUAGCGGAACGCCAAUAAAUAAUCCACGAAUUCCGCUGGUUCAGAAAAGAAUCCACAGUCAAGCGCUGAAACAACAAGGCAAUAUCCCCAACCUCCCAGUAACCGGACGAGACACAGUUCUGAGAGUCAACUGAAAUCCUUUUAAUCGGCUGGACAAUUUAUACAAGUCCCCAUGCAAGGGGUUUCCUGAGUCCCUUCCCAGGGGCACUCCCAGAGGGGACUACAUGGGGGACUUACAUUACAACAGAUUUCUCCCAUCAGGCACCGCUGCACGAGAGGGAUCAUCUUCCCAGAAUGCACCGUUAAGGGGAUUAUCCCCUCGUGCAGCAGAACCGACAAUUUAAACAAAAAUACAUAACUUGUUAACUAUACGGUGGAUUUACACGAAUGGACGUUCGGUAGAUAGCUGGGGUCUGAGCGCAUCAUUCGUGAGAUUACCGCUCAGAUCCCAGCUAAAAUAACCGAACGCCGCACGAAAAACACAUUUCUUCUAAAACAUACAAAAAGGACCGAUUGCUUUUAGUGAACAAGAUCAUGAAACUCCCGAACGUCCUGGAGGCUCAGCGGUGUUCGUGCUGUCGAAUAGCUAUUUGUAGUACUAUGCGUUCGAUGACCUAGCACCGCUGAGGGAACAAAGGAUCCAAGAUGGCCGACCGCCGCAUGGUCGGUAGUCGAACGACGGCCACCCAGGAGAGCCUCUAAUAACCGAUUGCAACAAUGUUGCAAUCGGUUAACUAGCGCCACACGCCUCUAAGUGUGUGGGCUAUUAGGGGGUAUCGCGUUCGGUUCACGAACGGCUCUCCAAAGUGCCGUUCGUGAAACGAAAGAAAAUCCCCAUACAAAACCGCCAUUUGCAUUCGGCAAAAGGCAAUGCAGAACAUACAUACAGUAUACACAUGGAAUGAAGCACAUAUCUCUCUAGACAUACAGGCAACCCUUAAAGGCAAAUUCUGUUUAUUUUGGAAUUUCAUAAAGGCACUUAAAGGCACAUUCUCUCUGUAUUGUCCAAGUGGCUAGGUUUGCCACAGAUGCUAUAGUCACCAAAACAACUUUAGCUUAAUGAAGCAGUUUUGGUGUAUAGAUCAUGCCCCUGCAGUUUCACUGUGUAAGUCUCUUCUAUUUAGGAGUUAAAUCACUUUGUGUAUGCAUCCCUAGGCACACCUUCCUGCAAGUGACUUACACAGCCUUCCUAAACACUUCUUGUAAAGAGUCAUCUAAUGUUUACACUUCCUUUAUUGCAAAUUCUGUUUAUUUUGGAAUUUCAUAUCUCCUACUCUGUUAAUAUCUUGCUAGACCCUACAGGAACACCCUAUAUGUAAUCAAAGUUCAAGUUACAGAGCAGGAGAAAACAUAUUUUAAAGUAUGUUACAUCUGAUUUGAAAAUUAAAACUUUUUUUUUUUUUUUCAUGCAGGCUGUAUGAGUCACAGCCUGCGAGGUGUGGCUAUGGCUGCACAAACAGAAACAAAAGUGAUUUAACUCCUAAAUAGCAGAGGAUUGAGCAGCGAAACUUCAAUGAAACUAAAGUUGUUUUGGUGACUAAAGUGUCCUUUUAUAGCAGUGUGUGUGCAGGUGGUAGUAGUAUUGGGAGAAUUUAAGGCUAGUGUGGGGCAGUGAGUAGGCAUACUCUUUAUACUUUAUUUUGCAUAUUAUAAAUUGAGUGAAAUGCAGUUUACAGAAAUAUAUUACUGAAUAAGCAAUGAGAUCAUGUACUUGGUGUGCCCUUGAUGUGAAUGUCUCUUCACUGGGGACAUCUGUUGCAAAACCAGAGAGUGAUCUUCAUAUUUGGAAUUCACCUAAUGAGCUACUGUUUGUUCCAUGACUGUGAUCUAACGAAGAGGUCCGAUAGGAAUCUGCCCAAUUAAGCACAACAGUGGAUUACUUGCUUUGAGUUUUUUGCGCUUACAUGUUUCAUCACUAUAUGUAUUGUAUAUAUUUUAAUAAUAAUAUUAAUUUCCUUCAUUCCGUUGCAGAAAGCAUUAUAUGAAGGUUCGCCACUGCAUAGUCCUAAUUCAGAAGAAUUAUCGAGCCCACUUCUGGCGAUCAUCAUUUUUGCGACUCCGCAGAUCAGCGGUGCAGUUUCAGAAGCACUGGCGCGGCACGACUGCACGGCGACUAUUUCAGCAAAUGCUGGAGGCAGAACGAAAGCGUCGGGAAGAAGAGGAACGGAAACGGAAAGAAGAGGAAGAAAGGAGAAGACAGGAGCUGGAAGAAAAGAGGAGGAUUGAGGAGGAACGAAAGCGAAGAGAAGAAGAAGAUAGGAAGUAAAGAAAUUCACCUACUCAUGCCCACAUUUUGAGACCCUACAAACUCCAUAUGAGUUUGCUUUGUUUUACCAACUAUUUUAUUUCAAAACUAUAAGCAGCCUUUUCAAAUUGGAUUGACCACCAAAAUAAAUAUUUUCCCAAAUUAGAAGCACACUUCAAAAUUGCAAUGAAUGGUAACGAUAGGGCAUUUAAAAUAAGAUAAAAAAGAAAACUAAAAUCAGUUCCUCUUAAUAAAUAAUUGCUCUCUGUUCAUCUUAGUUUUGCAUAAAUGUGUAAAACACCAAAAGCCCUGUGUGAGUAUUUCGGAGCUUUUCUCCAUCCAGCAAGCUAUUGUCCAUCUCCAAACAUUUGAUGCUAAGGCAGGACUGCAUCAUCCCCAAUGAAUGCUCAGGCAUUCUAGGAGUUAGAUUUAAAAACCUGGAAAUUCUCCAUGGUUUAACAGAGCUUAAAUGGCCUUUCAACAGGUUGACUUCCAGUCCGGAAGCUGCUGUACGAAUUGGCAGGAAGUGAAAAGCACAAGGGAUGAUUGUUUCCUUUGCUAGAUACAUUGUAAUUGUAAAUACUGGCAGCUUUGUAGAUGUGUGGAGCUCGUUGCAUAUUCAUAAAUAUUGCGUGUUGCUCUUCCUCUUCCGCGUGGCUUUUCAUGGAAAAUCGUAUCCAAACUCCAAAUGUUUCCUGCUUUAAUUUUGGCAAACUGAAUACUUCCAUGGUUACAUUAUUGUAUUUGCUGUUCCUUUUCUACAUUUAGUGCUUUAUGUACUGUGAAUAUGUUCCCUGCCAAUAGGCAGUAGAUAGAGGGUGACUUUGUAGGUGCUACUGUUCUUCAGAUGCACAGACUUGCGUCUUUCUGGCGAUCUAUGCAGCAGUCUAUUGAUUUGCCUGUCCAUUGUGAUUUUAUUUUAUUUAUUUAUUUUUUAAGUUGUCUUUUCUCUUUUAUUCUAGAGAACGAGAAAGAUUGGAGGCUGAACUUCGAGCAGCACAGGUUAGUAUUAAAACCAAAUACUGUCAGAGAGAGUACUUGUAACAUAAGGAAUGACUAAGAUCUUCAUGGUAAAUUGCCAUUCCCAUACCUUGGUUAGAGGACUUCUGGUUCACCUUUAUUAUUGAGCACUAGUGAUGUCCCGAACGGUUCGCCGAACAUAAACUUUGACCCUGUACCUCGCAGUCAGCAGACACAUUCCAGCCAAUCCGCAGCAGACCCUCCCUCCCAGACCCUCCCACCUCCUGGACAGCUCACUAAGAAUGCAGCUUCACAAUGAAUGUAAAAUGGAUGCUGUCCAGGAGGUGGGAGGGUCUGGGAGGGAGGGUCUGCUACUGAUUGGCUGGAAUGUGUCUGCUGACUGUGAGGUACAGGGUCAAAGUUUGUUUAUGUUCGCCGUCCGUGGCUAACCGUUCGGGACAUCACUAUUGAGCACCCAUUACAAUGUUUGGCAAAGGAUCAGAAAUUUUUUGAUUCCGCAACAACCAGGAAACUAAAUCUUAGUUUCACUUGUUGUACAUAUUGUUACCUUUUUAAUCUAAUUAAUUUUAUUUUGAGCAUGGUGCCCAAUGUACUAUUAAAAGAACUAGCAAGUGUUUGUAUUUGAUUAAGAUGAUCCCUCAAGCUUACUGUUUCACUAUUCAGGACAAUGGCACCCAGAAAGUUGGAAAGUAUAGCCAUUCAAGUAGCGUGUGUCACUUUAUUUCGUAACUUUAUUAUGUCUUUUAGACUUGAAAUGUAAAAUCCAAUAUAGAAUUCAUUGAUCUUGUAUUGUUAUUGUAUUUACAUUAUCUGAUAUUUCACUUGAUCUCUAGUUCCAAUGUGUGCAGAUGGGUGUUAAUUUCUAAUCUGUUCAGUUUACUAUGAUUUCAUCUUUACUAAUUAAACCUUUUCACUGUAGGAAGAGCAGGAAAAAGCAAGGAACUUGGAAAACCUUCUGCAAGAAGAAGAACGACGUCAGAUGGAGGAGAUAUUGCGACUGGAAAAAGAGAUUGAAAAGUUGCAUCAUCAGCAAAAAUUGGACGGCAUUUCCAUAUCUUGUGCCGAUACUCGCAACGAGGUGACUCGGCAAAGGGAAGAACAAAUCCAUAAGCUGGAGAAAGAAGCAUCACGGGUGGCUCAAGAAUUCCUGGAACUGCUGGACUUUGGUAAUUUAGAUGAGAGCACACAGAGUUUGGAGAAUGGCAUUGAGGGACCACUCAAUAUGGACAGCAAUGUAGUAGCACCUUUAGCGGAAGAGGAGGUGGAUGAAGGGUUUCAUGCAGAUGAUGAAUUCUUACCGCCUCCUCCUCCUAUGUUGCUGGAAGAUACUGACAUGAGGACUAGUGAGAGUUCAGAGGAGGAGACCUACAUGAAAAUUCCAUCAGAUCAAACUGAAGACCAAAGCCAGAUAAGUGUAUCCAUUUCCCCAGUAGAGCAUGUAUCUACUCAAGAUGCUUACAGUGCUCUCUCUGAUAAGUCUGAAAGUAUUUAUCAAUGUGUAUCGGAUACAAUGAGCAACAGUGAGGAAGCACAAGAGCCUAUAUAUAGCUACCCACCAGAUGUGGAAUCAGACUAUGAUCAUGAAGAAUUUGAUGAAGGUCCACCAGGUUCUGCCGACAAUAUGAACUUAAGUGAUGGACACUUGACUGAUGAGGAAGUUCUCAGGAUCUCCAAGCCUAACAGUUAUGGAUCUCAGUGUGGCAGUCUGGAUUCGGUAAGUCUUACUCCAUUACAAAAUCUAAAAUUAAAGUUAUAAAAUGAGGGCACUGGAAAACAACAUUUUAUAACUUUGUCUUUAGGGUGUUGGGGAACACCUUUUUCACUCCAUCACUGUGUUUUGAUUAUGUAUUUCACUGUGUAAGCGCCAUUCACUCUUCUCCUUUGUCUAAAAUCUAAAAUUACUCUUAUUUUGAGGUUUAUAUCAUGUAAAAUAAAAGUAAUGUUUUCAUUUAAAAAAUAAAAAUAUUUUGGAGACUAAUGCACAUAGAAAUUUUUUUUUUUUUUUCUGUCCAAACUGAUUCAUGUGGCAAUUUUAUAUUUAUAUAAAUAUAUCUCUGAGAUGCUUGCACUCCUAGAUUAGAGAGUAAUUUCCCUGUGCUGGUCAGACACAAGAUACAAAAAAAAGAUUGUAAAUGACCGCACUCCAAGGACUUGUUGAUAGUAAAAAUAAAAUAUAACUUUUAUUCUAUAUCAUAUAAAAAAAUAUCGACUUUUUAGCACAUUAUUUUAGCCUUAAUCCUGCAAUUAGAUUUUUAGUGAAUAAACCACUCUACAUUAUUCUGGAAUGGGCAUUUAGUCUUUAAAGCACUUUUCUUUUCCAGUGAUAUUGAAUACGUGUUCCAGUCGAAUUUUACUAGAGACAGAUACUUGUAACAAUCUCAUUUUUAAAAAGAGUCCCAGUAAAAUGUAUUUUAUAGCAAUAGAUCUUCCCUUAAAGGGGAACUGUCGCUUCCCAGGAUUUUAAUAUUGUGUUUUUGUAUCCCUAUAUUUAACAAAAAUGUAUUUUAUUUUAUUUCUGUCCUUUGUACCUGGAAGUCAGCAUUGAGAGAGUGUACAGAAAGAGGAGGAAUUAAACAAUUCUUCUACAAUAUUUAUCUUCUUUGCCCUGGCCUUUCAUUGCAUAAGAUGAAUUAGUAUGUAAUUCUUUAAUAUAAAUUUAGAGGAAAAUGGAGCAUCUAAUAAGGAAAAAAUGCCAACACAAAUUAUUGGUGAUUUUCAGUGUUCUAUUCCAUGGUGCUCUUCUUUAAUGACCCUUUUAGCUGAUGUCCGUGGUUCUAGGUUGGCCUCCAUACUGUCGAUGCCGUUGGGCUCAACACAUGUAUCCCAUUUGCUGAUGCCUGUUUAUUGACCUACAUUGAUUAUUUGUGCAAACCAUUAAAGACCGCACUAUUUUAAUUGCAGUUCUUGGACAGUGAUGACGAAGCUGAUAGUCACAUUGACACAGAUGAAGAAUUAAUGACCGGACGUGUCACACUGUUUAACGGUGGAGGCCCUCCUUAUUUUCACAGCUAUCUCUACAUGAAAGGUAGCUUCUCAGAUUGGGCGUGUUUUUUAUGCUUUGAAUUAUGAACCACAAGCUGUGCUUAAUGACCCAGUGAUUAAUAAAUCUACAGAAACAUCCUGCACACAUACCUCUACAUCAUAAAAAAAAUGUGGCACUGAGGGUCCAUAUCAAGGGUAUUCAACCUUCAGCACUCCAGAUGUUGUUGUGGAUUGCAUCUACCCAUAUGCUUUGGAAGCAUUGUUGCUGUAAGUGCAUCAUGGGAGAUGUAGUCUACUUCUUCUAGAGUGCUGAAGUUUGCCUACCCUUGCCCUAAACCAGUGGUUCCCAAUCCAGUCCUCAAGUAAGUCCAGGAUUUAGGGAUUACCCAGUUGUGUCUAAGGUGUUUUUAAAAGAAAACAAACACUUUAGACACAACAGUGUAAUCCUUAAAUCCCGGACUGGUAGGGGGUACUUGAGGACUGGGUUGGGAGGCCCUGAUCAUUUUGCAUAAUUUAAUGAGUAUACACACAAACGUCCAUGUUUGUAUCUUUCGAUUGCUUCUUACGGAAUCAGAAGGUAUAGUAACAGAAUAUGUAGAAUCAGCUGAGAGCUGCCACAUAGUAUCAGAGGGAGAUUCACCUAACAGGACUCACAUAGUUGCAAAUUGUACUCUUUGGAAAGAACAAUAGUGAGACACUGGUAUUAUUGGCUCAGAACUGGCCUAUAGCUUGUGUUCCCAGGAUGGUUUAUCCAAAGCUAAAGUAAUUUUUUUAAGAAACGUGCUAACCUAUAAGCAUUAUGAUUCCGAAUAUCUAGAAAGAGAACGAUAUUUGUGGAACGAUAUUUUAGUUUUACUAAAUCAGGUUUACCAACAUGCAUCAUGCAUGCCAGCCGGUGUUGUGUGUUGACGGUAGGUGCACUGGGAAUGGCUGUUUUAAUGCGUGCCGUGAUUGUCUCCUUCCAGCUGGUGGUCUAAUGAAUCUGUGGAGGCGGCGCUGGUGCGUACUGAAGGACGAGACCUUCAUGUGGUUCCGCACGAAGCAGGAAGCUCUGAAAUCUGGUUGGUUAUAUAAGAAAGGAGGAGGAAUGUCCACUUUAUCUCGGCGCAACUGGAAACGGCGCUGGUUUGUCCUGCGUGAGUCCAAGCUCAUGUAUUUUGAAAACGAUAGUGAGGAACGACUGAGAGGGACCAUUGAUGUUCGAACGGCCAAGUGAGUGUUAAAAGUAGCCAUUUACAUUUUAUACAUUGUUGUCAACUAAUUAAAAUUUGAAUUGCUUAUUUUAGCCAGAGUCUAGAUGUUUUCCCAGUUCCGCUAUUCAGACCUAAAAUUCCCAAAGUCCUUGUCCAGAUACAGAAAUAGUAUAGAGUUUAGUGACUCUAAAACAGAGAAGGACCUCACAAUAAUGUGCAUGUCAGUAGUAUUUCUCUCGAUAUGAAGCCUGUGUUUUAUUUUUAUUUAUUUAUUUAUUUAUUUUUUGUCCUGGUCAUGUCCCAUGUUUUAGAUGUUAGGGCAAACUCAUGAAUAGACAUAGAGAUUUCCCUAUACCUAUACAAUUGUGACUGUGCUAUUUUGACUUUGAAAUUUCUUAGGAUUCACAUGAAGAUGAGGAAUCCACACACUUAAAAAAAUGCUGGACCUUGUUGUAACCAGACCUGGGGCUGGCAAGCUCUAUACAUGUAGUAAAAAUGAGUGGGAUCAAGGUCACUUAAACCCCCCCCCCCCCAAAAAAAACAAAACAGUUUUAUUAGAACAAUACAGAAAUGGCAGUGUAUCGACCCACAAGUAGAGAUGUCGCGAACUGUCCGCCGGCGAACAAUAGCGUGUUCGCGUUGGGCGAACAUAUCCGAUUUCCGGUCCGCCCCCUAUACGUCAUCAUUGAGUAAACUUUGACCCGGAACCUUACAGUCAGCAGACACUUCCUGGGAGGGAGGGUCUGCUGCUGAUUGGGUGGAAUGUGUCUACUGGCUGUGAGGUUCCGGGUCAAAGUUUACUCAAUGAUGACGUAUAGGGGGCGGACCGGAAAUCGGAUAUGUUCGCCCAACGCGAACACGCUAUUGUUCGCCAGUGGACAGUUCGCGGACAGUUCGCGACAUCUCUACCCACAAGCUUCACGAAAACCCUCUUUGAAAUGUUGGCAUUUCUGUAUUGCUCUAAUAAAACUGCUUUUAAGUUACCUUGAGUAUUUGGACAACACUACUUUUUACUUUGAAAUUUGUUAGGAUUAGGCAGAUUCUUGCGGUGAGCAAACAUGGCGAUAAAAUGUAUAUGCAGUUUCUUCUUGUUUUUGGAAUUGAAGGUCUAUUACUUGGUGACAUGUUAAGCAGCAUUUUAUCAAGUUGGUAUGUUUUAUUGGUUUACUGAUUGCCAAAUUAAUUUCUUUCACCUAAACCGUUUGUCAUAUUUUGCGUAUUUCUUCUAUUUUUGUUUAAGAGCAAUUAUAGAUAUACACGAGAAGGAAAAUGCUCUAGAUAUUGUAACAGAAGAAAGAACAUAUCAUAUUGUGGCUGAAACACCAGAGGAUGCCAGGUAGGUAGAAACUACCUUCAAUACAUCAAUCCAACAUGUCACACAAUAACAUUUCAUAGUAGGCCAAAGUGACGUGUCAUGUCUAUAAACUUAAACCAUGUCAAAUAUUUUAAUAAUGAGCCCGGAGUGAACCAGGAGUGUUUACGAUGCAUUUUUCCUUUGCCUGACACAGCCAGAUGUGAUGGUCUGCGGUUAAUGUACACUUUGCUGUAUCUAGAAACCUAAAUUUCAUCACAUGACUACAUUGUGUCACACAGCAUAUUACAGGGCAUACAGCCAAGUUUACUACAGACAACCUAAACGCUUGUCCUCUUAAAAUCUUCCAGUGGCUGGUUUAACGUUCUCAGUCGCGUUCAUUCUGCAACAGCCCAGCAGCUGAGGGACAUGAGAGACGAGCAAGCUAACCCCAAGAAUGCUGUGGUAAGUGAACAGUAUCCCGACUGUAACAUUGUAUUACGGAGAGGGUGAAUCAUUACAGAUUGGAAGAAGGGCGAGAUGUGAUUUGUGUUCUGAAGAGUCACUUAUCUGUGCUUCCUUUGUCUCCUCAAGGGAACACUGGAUGUGGGUCUCAUUGACUCGGUCUGUGCGUCAGACUGUCCGGACAGGUAAAGUGAACUUUCAUUAACCUUCUUGAGUUUUUUUUUUUUUGUUUUUUUUUGUUUUUCUUUAGACCGUGUGAAUUUUAUAUAGUGUGUAUGUAUACAUUGCGUGCUUUUAUCUAUUACUUAUUUUGUUGGGAAUUAUUUUUGCCCCAAAUGUUGAAGUUGUGGAUGAUCUUACAUGUUGAAGGAUGCAAAUUCAAGGUUAUCUAGGGAUAAGGCACAUGGGUCGCUAUAAAGACUUUUUUUUUUUGACAAUCUUUAUUUGGUUUUGUUUAUAUACACAUAAUACCAGAGUUUAUUUGUAUGGAAUUUACAAUGUAUAAGAUAAAGCCAUUGUACAGUAUAAUGCUUUUUGGGUUCAGAAAUAUCAGGGAUAGAACAGUGAACAACAGUAUGUCUCAUAACAUGGGGAUACUGUACAACAGUGUUUCGUCAUAUCGGAUACUCUGGGUGAAUUGCUUACCAGUCGCAACCCACAAAGUUUGUUAUUGAGUGUUUUUGGCAACGUAGAGAUGAUAGGGUAUUGCAAUCUAUGGAACACACUUUAUUAAGAGAUCAAGGUAGGAGGGUAGUCUAUUGAUCGCAAUAAGUAGUGGGAAUAAAGAGAGAAGGAGGGAGGAAAAUGAAGGGGGAAAUCAGAAGAGAUAGGGAGGGGAAAGAAUAGGAGAAAAAAGAAGAAUUUUUUUUCCCACUUCUCCUCAGAGAACGUCCAGGUCAUGUGCUCUAAACAGCAGGAACACACCUCCAGCCAGCUCCAAGAUUCUUAUUGUGCAUGUAGGCAGUUUAACCACCAGCGCAUGCAUUUACAUAUGAACUAUGUGGGGUUCAGUGAAGACUGCUUUUAAUUCAGUGUAAUGGGAAGACCGUUUCCUUUUUAUUGCCAGAAUUAAGCUGCUGGUUAAUGCACAAGAGAAAAUCAUGAUAUCCAAAAUCUCUGGUGGGGUUCCUUGAACAACAGUGUUUAAUUCUGGAGGAGAUUUGUAAAUCUGGACAAUAUUUCUAAAUAUCUACCUUAAGGAACAGAGGGCAUAAUGUAAAAUCUCCCAUCAAAUUACAUUUUUAAAAUAUAUUUAUGAAAACUGGCUCAAUUGUUUCAGUUCAUCUUGCAGCAGAUGAAGUAUCGCUCUAGUUUAUUUAAAUAUAUAUAUUCUACACAUCUCUUUUAAACUGGCUUCAACAUACACAUACUAGGUCAAUAUAUUUUUAUUUUUUGAUCGGUUAUUUGUCCUGGGUUUUAGUAACGGGUAUUGUAUUGUCCAGGCCAAACUCCUUUGUGAUUAUCACGGCGAACCGCGUCAUUCACUGUAACACGGACAUUGCGGAGGAAAUGCAUCACUGGAUAUCUCUGCUGCAGAAACCUAGAGGAGAGGCCAAGGUGGACGGGCAGGAGUUCUUAGUGAGAGGUACAUCACUGCCACAGCUGACAAAGUAAUAAAGAUUGUACUGAAGGAAUAAUGAUGCUCUUUUAUACACUCCGUCAUUUUUUUCAGUCCGCACCAGAACUAGUCUUCAGUCAUUGUACCAAUCCAAGUUUUCUCAAUUUCAUUAUUGGAGUUUGAGCAGAUGCCGGAAAUUACAUUUAUCUUAACAAACUGGAGUUUUUCUUUAUUUUAUUUUUUCUCUACAGACAUAUUAAGAAUUUUCUUUAAUUACUUGUUUGUCUUCCUUCCCCAGGAUGGCUCCAUAAAGAGGUUCAAAACAGCAAUAAAAUGGCAUCUUUGAAACUAAAGAGACGCUGGUUUGUGUUGACCCGAAACGCGUUGGAUUAUUACAAAUCCUCUGAGCGUACAGCUUCUAAACUCGGCACUCUCGUUCUCAAUAGCUUGUGUUCUGUUGUUCAGGCAGAUGAGAAGACCCACACAGAAACUGGUAAUUUUCAAAUACUGUGGCUCCUGCCUUAUCUAACAUAAGAGGAUAUAUUGAGGGAGCUGAAAUGUUGCUCCAACAAUCUGACCUUACAACUUCUUUGAAGUACACCUGUGCACUCAGUGUGUCAGAAACUAACCUCUUAUUUACUGUGCCUGGAAGGUAUCUGUUAUACCUCACUGGUGAGGUCCAUGUCAUUGACACUUCUGUUGCUAUGAAUAUCCUGCAUAAAGUACAUGGUUGACAUCUUUGUUCUGGGUCAGAAUAGUCUCCUUGAAAUGUUCUUUGUAAUGGGGUCAGCGAAUAGGUCUGUUCUCUCAAGAGCUUGUGUUAUAAACCUCUUCUCAUCUCCCUUUAUUUCAGGAUAUUGGAAUAUUAUAGUCUAUGGUCGGAAACACUCAUACAGACUGUACACUAAGUUGCUUAAUGAAGCUAUGAGAUGGGCAAAUGCCAUCCAGGGAGUGAUUGACAGCAAAGCACCCAUUGAGACGCCCACGCAACAACUCAUCAGGGACAUCAAGGUACAUACAAGGCUUGAUCUCCUCUGAAUUGGAAGCUAAUCGUGGUGAGAGCGAAACUUAGAGCUAAGGCACUUAUCUCUCUAUGCUCUUUCGCCAUCUAGUGGCACAAGCAGAGAAUGAGUGAGGAUCUCCGUAGUUCCCUUGCGUAUAAAAGGACUAUGGUGAAGAAUAUUCUACAUCUGAUAUGGGAUUCAAUUUCACAGUGUUGGAUGAGCUUUCCAAAUGAUUACAUAUUUUUGGAUAAACUUUAAAAAAAAAAAAAAUAAUUUAAUUUUAUUAUGAUAACCAGUUGUUUUUUUUUCUGUUUUUUUUUUUUCUCUACAACAAACAACUGAUUAGAAAUUGUAAGAUAAUAAAAAGGGGGGUAUGAGGUUAGCAAGGUAGGUAUGUAAAUGGUAAUAGCCACUGAAAUGCUUUUAAAAUAAUUAUCAAAACACUUAUAGGGUUAUUUACUAAAGUAAGAAUUCAAGGUGAGUUCAAAGUGAAUUUCAAAUUUAAGGCCAAAGUAGUGGUAUGGGAAGUCUAGCUGACUUAGAGAAUUUUCCAGUUCAGACCUUACAUUUUAAAUUCUCCUUGAAAUCUCACUAUAGGGAAUAACUCUGUUAGACAUUUUUGUUUGUGAUAAAAUUAGUUUGUACUAAAGGAGACGUCUUGUUGGUGGGGUUAUGUACUGAAAGUGAUGAAGUAUCACCCACAGUGUGGAACUUGAAUUAGUCAGUGAGAGGUUUUAUUUUAUUGGAGAAAAUGGGCAAAGGGGUUUCCAUGACAAUCUAAGUGGCUCAAAUGGCUUUGCCAACUUUGUGGUUGAAAGAAAUCUUCACCAGCAAUUUGUAAUUUCUUCACUUGCUUUAACUUUCUAUUUCUUUUUACAGGAAAACAGUAUGAAUGGUGAAGCUGUAGAGCAAACAUAUCGAAGAAACCCUAUAUUGAGAUACACACAGCACCCUCUGCAUUCACCACUAUUACCACUGCCAUAUGGGGAUGUCAACCUCAACCGUACGUGGCUUCCACUAGUUUUUUCUAAGCUCUGAUAGAUAUAUGUGCCAUAGUAAAGUGCUUAAUUUCUUGCAUCCAAUUUAGUUUCUCGGUAGACUGAUAAUCCCACUUUUAUCUCAUGGGAUUUUUUGCCAACCAGAUCUGUAACCAAAUUUCACAACUAAAUGCUAUUGCCAGCUCUAGACUGACUUCCCCAAAUAUCUUCUCUUUCCUCGCAGUACAAAAAGAGAAAGGGUACACCACUCUACAAGAUGAGGCUGUACGGAUCUUUAACUCUCUUCAGGAAAUUGAGAGCGUUCCUGACCCCGUGCCAAUAAUUCAGGGCAUACUGCAGACCUGCCAGGAUCUGAAGCCAUUGCGAGAUGAGGUGUAUUGUCAACUUAUAAAACAGACCAAUCACGUACCUCAGCCAAAUAGUGCAGGGAACUUGCGCCAUUGGCAGCUCUUGUCCUGUAUGAGUUGCACAUUCUUGCCUGGCCGAGAUAUUCUGCGCUAUCUCAAGUUCCACCUAAAACGGUGAGUGUUAAGGAUUUAGUUGAAUGAAUGUGGUUUUCUUAGAAUUCUGUUAAGAGGCAUUUAGUAGAUGUCAAUAUUUUAAUGUUCGCUGAGAUUAAAUUUAAUAUGUGGCCCUUAAAUAGAUUGACAUUGUUGGUGUCUCAUUAAAUAAUGUAGAACACCAUUCUUGUCAGGGUAUGUCUAUUAUACUGUGUCAAUGUAGACAAACAGAAGAGGAGAUUCUAAGAGAUACUUGCCUGGAACUUUUUGUUGGUGGUCAAUCAAUUGAUUACAUUUGUUCCUAUUAUAAUAAUUCUUGCUCUUUCAGGGUGAGAGACUCCUUCCCAGGCUCAGAGGUUGAGCAGUUUGCUCAAUUUGUGGCAGAUGCUCUAAAGAAAACAAAAUGCAGAGAGCUGGUCCCAUCUCAAGAGGAGAUUUCCGCACUGCUCACCCGCAGUAACAUGACCACCACUGUUUAUUGCCAUGGAGGAGGGUCAUGUCAGAUUAGUAUUAAUUCUCAUACAACUGCUGGAGAGGUGAGUGUACCUCACACAGAGUCAAAGUGUACUGUAAAAAAAGUCAAUGUCUGUCUUGUUUUGUCAGUGGUGAUAAUUGGUGGCUACUUUUGAUUGACACUAGAGCUAUUCGUAAAAGCUGUUUCCGUUUCAUUCUAGUUUUCUUAAAGAGACACUGAAGACCCCUAAACACUUCAGCUUGCUGAAGUGUUUUAUGUGCCAAGAGUGUGUCUUCUUGCAGUUUAUGCAAUAUGGUAUAACCCCAAUUAAAAAUGCAUAAUUAAAUACAUGCAGGUUUGUCAUUGGAGGUAUAUUAUCUAACGAAGAGAUAUAUAAAAUAUACUUUUUGGGACCAUGUAGUGCCCAUCACAUAUUUAUUAAUCUAUGCCAUUGCAGGUUGUGGAGAAGUUAAUCCGAGGUCUCUCGAUGGAUAACAGUCGCAAUAUGUUUGCACUCUUUGAACGCAAUAAAACAACUGACCGGGCGGUUGAGAGCCGUGUUAUUGUGGCCGAUGUCCUUGCAAAGUUUGAGAAGUAUGACCAUUCGCUGAACUUAAAAUAUAUUCCCUUUCAUAAUCCACUUUCCCUAUGUUAUCACAAAAGUGUAUGUCAGGCAAUGUCUAGAUAUUGUUUCUAAUACAUGCAACUAAAUAUUGUGGUGUGCGUGUGUGUGUUUGUGUCUAUAUACAUUUGUAGAAAUACAGGAUAUUUAGAUUGUAUAGAACUUGUAGUCAACUAUUCAUACAGUGAAAUGUAAACUGAAAUCUCCGUUUAUUAUCUGAAAUUCUACAAGUCUUAAUUUUUCAUAGUCCACAUUAUUUGUUUAUUUUAAAAAUGUGUUUGGGGAAUGCGACCUAAAGUGAUACUGCAAUAUAAAAAUGGAUUUAAAUUCACCACUUCUUCUCUCUAGUCAGUCACUUAAACAUCUAGACCUUGUUUUGAACUGCUUUAGAAUAGAUUUCCAGUAUCGAAGAACAAUCUUUGGCUAAUGUAUUUAGUAAAAUGUAAAAACAAUAUAUAAUUAAUGUGUUUUACUAAAACUGCCAACCCAAAAUAUGAGUUUAAAUGAGAUGUAAUCUGCGAUCUUGCCAUCUGUUUUAGGCUUGCCAGUACAGGAGAGGAAGACUUGGAGGAAGGCCAGUGGAAUCUAUAUUUCAAACUUUACUGCUUUUUGGAUGUGCAGAGUGUCCCUAAAGAGGGUGUUGAAUUUGCCUUCAUGUUUGAGCAGGUUUGUCAAAAACAAUGAAUGGUGAGAAUGUGUUAUAUAAUAGCGAGCUAAAAUCACAAUCAGAGAUACAAUACCAUUUUAUAUGGACCAGCAUAUUUUUUGUUCUUUUCAAUAAUUUGCACCUCAGGACAUUAAGAGAUGAUUUGAAGUAAACCUAUCUGAUAAGCUCGAUCUCCCAAAGAAAAGAGAGAACGUUUAUAAAAACAAUAUGCAACAUUAAAUUAAUAAAAUUAAUUUGUAUUUAUGCUGCCAGAAAUUAAAAUAAAUAAAAAAAACUGAUCAAAUUACAGAAUCCGUAGAGUACCUUUAAUGAUUUUAACCAACAGCACCAUAAUAGCUUAUUCGACUUGGCACCCUUGGUGUUGCUUCAUGGCACACUAGUCUGGCGUGGCACAAUGACUGAAAACCACAGAUCUAAAUAUGUUUAAUUUUACUCUGGAGUGUCUUUUUUAAAUUGGAGUUGUAUUGCAGUUAUAGGGUCUAACAGAGAAUUUAAAUCUAUGCAUAAAUUAAACACAUUAUCAAAAGGAUAACCGUAAAACUGUACAAGAAAUAAAGUUGUAGAACCUUACAAAAAAAUAAGUCAAAAUGUAUAUAUAUAAAAAAAAAAAUUAUCCUAAAGGAAUAUUUAGGCUUUUCUACAAAGAUUCACAUGAAGUUGUUUUUGAAAUACAGUUGAUCUUACAAAAACUCUGCACACAACCUGCUCAAGCUAGUCAAUGACCUGAAAUUAAGCAUAUUCCUGUGCCCAUAGGAAUAACAUCACAAGGCUGGUGGAAUAAGGCAAAUCUCUCUAAUAAAGGUUUAUACAACUUUAUUUUAGGAAAUGGUAGAAAUGAAAGAUGAGACAUGAUAGAAACAUUUAAAUACAUAAAGGGAAUCAACACAGUAAAGGAGUAGACUUUAUUUAAAAGAAGAAAAACUACCACAACAAGAGGACAUAGUCUUAAAUUAGAGGGGCAAAAGUUUAAAAAUAUCAGGAAGUAUUACUUUACUGAGAGGGUAGUGGAUGCAUGGAAUAGCCUUCCAGCUAAAGUGGUAGAGUUUAACACCGUAAAAGAGUUUAAGCAUGCGUGGGAUAGGCAUAACGCUAUCCUACCUAUAAGAUAAGGCCAGGGACUAAUUAAAGUAUUUAGAAAAUUAAGCAGACUAGAAGGGCCAAAUAGUCCUAAUCUGCUGUCACAUUCUAUGUUUCUAUAGUAUUUUAACUAUGGAAAUAUAAGGAAAACAUUAUUUAUUGGUUUCCAGGCUCAUGAAACUUUGACGAGUGGACAUUUCCCAGCUCCAGAAGAGACUUUACAGCACUUGGCCGCUCUUAGACUUCAAUACCACCAUGGGGACUGCUCAAAGGUAACCUGGUCGCUGGAAACUGUGUAUCCCGUUCAACGUCUUAAAACCAAAAUCCUGCAGGCCACAAAGAGCAGUAGCACAUCUGGACACACAUUGGAGAGGAGGAGAACAAGUUUCCUGGAAGGGACUCUGAAACGGGGCUUUAAAGUAGGUUCAAUGAAGAAGCAGAAGAUGGAAGAGGAACAGAUGUUGGAGAUGUGGUUGAAAGAGGAACUGUCGGCAGCUCGUACCAGCAUAGAUGAGAAGUGGAAGAGACUUCAAGGAAUGUCCCAGCAUCAAGCCAUGGUGAAUUACAUGGCAAUUGUAAGUGAAUGGCCUGGAUAUGGAUCUACCCUCUUCGAUGUCGAGGUAUGCACCUAGGAAAUCAGCCUAGUCCACGUUCUUAUAUUCACAAAGUAUAUGAUUAUAAUGUAAUGUAAAACCAGAAUAUAGCAAGUUGCAUUGUCAGGAUAGCAAUUGUUGUGGCCAAAAUAAAGACUAAAGUAUUCUACUAAAAGCAAAGAUAUCUUUAGAGGAAUGUGUGAAUACUUGUGCUGAUCACCCACAUUCUGCUAUAUUAACCAAUUGGCAAGUUGAAAUAACCUAUUUUUUAGUCUUUUUUUUUUUUUCUCACAUAGGGGUGUUCCUAAUAAUCACAGUACAUGCAUCCAACAUUAGUAGGUUGGGGUGGCCCAACUACACUUAUGUUAAACUUUGUUAUAUAGUAAAUUAUUUUAAUACAUUUAUUUUAAAGAAUAGUUUGCGUUUUCCUCUGCAAAUAUCUGCUGCAUAAAUCUUAUUUGUUGUUUUUUCCCCCUAUCACAGCCAGUAUAUUCCUCCACAACUGACUUUAUUUCUUCGAGUUUUGUACUCUUAUUGUAUUGUCCCAAUAUAUGCUUUUUUUAAAUUUAUUUUUUAAUCUUAAUUUCAUCCUAAACUGACCUCAAUCUGUUCCACGCAGUAUAAGGAAGGUGGGUUCCCCAAUGACUUGUGGCUUGGAGUCAGUGCUGAGAAUGUGUCCGUUUAUAAGAGAGGAGAUCCAAAGCCCCUGGAGACGUUCCAGUAUGAGCACAUCAUUUUCUUUGGAGCACCACAGCCCAACAACUUCAAGAUUACGGUGGACGACCGUGAGAUGUUCUUUGAAACAACCCAGGUAGGCUCCCUUCCAGACUGUGUAUUCUGAUAGAACAUUGUUAGGUGACCAUCCCAUAGUAAUGUUUGUGUUUAGUAGGUCUGUGUCUUAGUCUAGUGGUUUGUGUGAGGAUAAUACGAGUAAUGAGAUAUUGUGUUACACCUACUAAUAAAGAUUGACAUGUUUGGUAUUUACAAAUAUAUAAUUUUACAUUUUUAUUUUUGUGGUAUGCAUUUUAUGAUUAGUAAAUAUUGAUGACCAUUGGGGCCAUCUGUUUUGUUCUUGCUGUUGAGCCCUGAUAAGUAUAAAUUUAUAAAUAUUUGCGGAUAUGGGGGAUGCUUGAUUUGGCAUCCAAUUUUUAAAUUCAUUAAUUUAUUUUAAUUGAUAUUGCCUUGCAUCGAAAUUAUCUCUAAAUGUAACUACCAACAUGUUGGCUUGAAAAUACUAAGCCAUGAAACCCACACCUCGAAAAUGGUGCAAGUAUCAAGUGUUAAAAUCUGCAGGUGCUCACAUCAUGCAUGGUGACAUACUAAUGCUAUUUUAGCAGUCCUUAAAAAUCUAAACAUCCAAGAUUUAAUUUUAAAUCUGAAUAUUUUAUAUGAACAUUCUGACUAAACCAGAUUAAUCUUUCACAUCUCUGUGCCUUAGGUUGGUGAGAUCACCAAAAUUAUGAGAGCUUACAUCAACAUGAUUGUGAAGAAACGUUGCAGUGUCAAGUCUGUGGCCAGUCGGGACAGUCAGUUUAGCUCAUGGGCAAGGUGA